AUGCGGGGCCUCGACGACCCCCAGCAUGCCGCCCGCCUCCAUAAUUCCCCAGCCAGCCUCACAUAUCACAGAUGCCAAGGCAAAAUUCCUAGGUGCCAUAGGGACGUGGCGCUUGGGAUUUGCCGAGCUCUGGUUUAAAUGUUUAUUGCUCUAAGACUUUUUUUUAUGCACAAAAUUAAUUUAUAGUUUUUAGUUGUCUAUUUUUUUUUUUUUUUCUUUCAGCUUUCAUACCGGUCUGUGUACACAUGCCAAAAGGUUUUUCUAUUGGACAGCUUUAACAAAAUGGAUCCAUUUAGAGCCCAGCAGCUGGCGGCAGAACUUGAAGUGGAAAUGAUGGCAGAUAUGUAUAACAGGUAAAACAUGUUUGUGUUUUCUUUUUAUCAUUUGUUUUCAUUAAUCAACCUUCUUUCUUUCUCCAAUGCUUUUUUUUUCUAUUUUCUACAUACCAUCGUUUUAUAACUUUUUUUUUUUAUUAGUUAUAACACAUCUUCCUCUUGCUUUUAAGAGGAAUUGUAGCACUCUUGUCUUUUACAACGCAAUAUUUUUCAGGGCCAUUUUAUUUUCCUCAACCAGAUCCUGUUGUCUUAAUAAAUAUUAAUAUUGAAUUUUAAACCGUUUCUUAAAUCCUUUUGCCUCUCCAGAUUAGUUAUAAGUUAUGCUGGUGGGUUUUUUGUUUUUUUGUGUGUGUUUUUUUUUUUUCUCCUAUAACUUUCAAUAGGCUAUAACAGCCAAAAAUCCAUAUUGAUUAUUAUUAUGUUAUUUGUUUGUCCCACAAUGUAAGUGUUGUCAGUCAACUCCUGUCUUUGUUCCUGUCUACCUAAAAAAACAUCUUUGACUCUGAUAUCCCUCAGGAUGACAGGCGCUUGUCACAAAAAAUGUGUCCCACCUCACUACAAGGAAGCUGAGUUAUCUAAAGGAGAAAGUGUCUGCCUAGACCGUUGUGUUUCUAAAUAUCUGGAUAUUCAUGAACGUAUGGGUAAAAAACUGACUGAAUUAUCUAUGCAAGACGAAGAGCUUAUGCGAAAGAUGCAACAAGGUGUCGGGCCUGCUCAGUGAUGUCACAUAAAGUGGGAUUGUGAACCAGAUUCUUUCAUGGAACAGACUUGCAUAAUGGUGCUUGGCAGUGGUGUCUCAUGGCAGUAUUUCCUCUGGUGAUGCAGCUUGCUGGUGCAAGACCUGCAUAAAUCUAGGCUUGUAAAACAAGAACGUACAAGAAGCUCGUGCACCUGUUUUUGACAUUGUCUUUCUGUGUGAAUAUAUACAUCUAUAUAUCAGUUUUAUAUAUUUUGUGGUUUAUUUAAACAUGUUUUAGUAAAAUAUGAAUGGGCUGAAACAAUGUUAUAAUAAUAGAAUAAAACAUCUUAUUCAAAUCUCAGAAAAGCAUUGCCUAUUUUGCAUGAAACAAAAACAUUGUCUAACAGUGGGGCUGGGGAUGUUUUCCCAGAGAAAGCUGUGUAAAUUGUAGCAAUUAUACUGGCAUUAUAGUGGACAUAUCAAUGGCUACCUUAGUUCUAAGCCUGGGAUAUCUGAAAAAUAUGCCUUCAGGAUUAGGUGAGGGCCUUGCCCUGGUGUUUCUGAAGAGGCUAAUCUCGCACGUGUGCAACAAUACUUUUGUCCCCUUUUUGCUAACUAUAAAUAUCCAUAUAUUUAUAAACAAUUUUUUGUGUUUGGACAUUUUCGUUUUAAAAGUUUAUAUUGAGAGGCAACUUAAAAAAACAAAAACAAACUAAACAGCCCACAUUAAAAAUGUCCUAAUCCAAUGCCAGGACAUAUACUUCUCUGCAGACUGGUCCUUGUCCAAUGAUGACUGUGUCCAAUGAAAAGUUUCUUUUGUAGUGUGCUUGCUCAGUCAUUGAUACCAAUCUAGUACUUAACUGUGGAGAGUUUUUUUUUUUUUAUCCUUUAGUGGUCAGUAGAGGCAUGGGAAUUGUAAAAUGUUAACAAUGCUUUUUCUCAGAAAAGUUAGUUUUCUUUUACAAGUGAUUUUGGUGCUUUAUGUGUCACUUUAAUGUACAUUUCUACAAUAUAGACAAAUGUAUCAGUCCACAGAAAUGAGGUUGGUUAAAAAGAAAGCUAUUCUUUUUUACAGAAGAACCGGGAGACAAAAACAUAAUUUUUUUUUAUUACACAAAUUAAUUCUAUGUAAUAUAUUCCUGUUGUGUUUUGUACAUGUAAAGUUAGGGAUUUUCAGUGAAGCAUUCUGACUUGUCCUUGCCACAUUGGAUUGGUCAUCUUUAGUUCUCUUUUUGGUCAGAAGAACCACUUAUUUACUAAGAGCAAUUGGAAGGUCUGAACUGCCUCAGAGUGCAUUUUUAUAUCCGUGUUGCUUGUGGUUGAUGUCAGGAUUUGUGAGCACACACUAGUUCUGGAUUACCUGCAUGGUUUAUGGUCAGAUAAGCUGUGCUUCCGAUCAGAGGUCUUAAACAUGACUGCUCCCAUAGAGCAAGCUUAAACCAUGAGAGGCACUGUAAAAAGAGGUAUUUAAUUAUAUGAAUGCAUCACAAUAUAUAUUGGUAAUUUAUUUUAAACAAUACAUUAAUUUUUCCUUUUAAAAUCACAUUUCUCAAGUAGAAAACACUGUCCUUAACUGUGAAAAACAACCAUAGUAUCAGUGGGGCCCCCCAUAAUUUUUCAUAUGGGAUGCUAAUAAGUAAUAAAACAACAAUUUAUGCUUUUUUUUAUUAUAUUGUUGUAGUCAUUUUAACAGCCCCACUAGUAAGCAAUGUCAAACAACUGUCACAUCAACACUGUUUUUUGUAAUAUAAUUAUCCUUUCAUCAAACUUUGAAAGGAAAUAAGUUUUGUUGAAUUAAGUAUAUGUAAAAAUGGAGACAUACUAAACGUAAGAAUGAGUUUAUGAUAGCGUCUUCCAGCCAUAUAGAUGCACCUUGGGUCAGACAGUAUAUGAAAUCCGACAGUGUUUAUGGUCUUUUUCGGCUUCACUCCCUGUACAGUGCAGUAACAUUAUCAUACUAACUGUCAAUUCAAGCACUGUCUGACGCAAGGUGUAUACAUAUGGCUGGAGAAUCCUGUCCUAUAGUAAAGGUAGGGAUGAGUUUUUUGUUGUUGUUGUUUUUUUUUUCUCGUUUUUUUUCAUAUAUUUAACAAAGAAUCUAUUUCGUUUCAAUGCUUGAUGAAAGGCUCAAUAUAUUAAAAAAAGUGUUGAGGAGACCAUUGUGGUUUAAGUUUAUUUACUAGUUUAUUUCAGCUAAUGUGCAUAAAUGUGAAAAUCACAUUGAAUUCUUAUUAACUUUCAUUUUAGCAAAUAAACCUAUGGAGUUUAUUAAUGAAAUACUAGUGAUUAGAAAUGAUGAUUAGGACAAAAUCGUGUAUAGUUACCGCUUGAUUACUUUAGCUUAAAUUUAGAAGUUUGUUUUUUAUUCCACUAAGUUUGGUGGCUUUUCAUUCUUGUUCUUUUUUGCUCUUUAAUUGAAAUUAUAUGGUUGGUUAUUAUAUGUGCCAGUUUAAAUUCAUAUUUUCAUACACUUCAGGCUUUUUUAUUCUCAUACUGUGCUUCCUCUGUGCUGAUACUGGUCAGUACAGUGAAAUUUUGUUUCUCCCUCCCCCUCCCUCCCUCCCUAGCAUUCCCACCCCCUGUGUAAUACCUUAUAAAGUAGUAGUGUUUCCUGUAGCUGUCCCCCCUCCCUUUCUCUCCCUUUCUCUUGAAGGAGACAUUUGGGUGGUGAGUUUUUAAGUCAGCAGUGAGUGCACUCUACACAAGGUAGGUAUACACAUGGCGUGCAGAUACUCCUAUUUCGUGUUUGUUUCUCUUGGGUUUUGUCUUUAUCUUUUUUUUUUUUUUGUCUAUGCAACUCUCAUUUUUCACUCUACACGUGGCGUUUAUUUCUCUGUUCAGAAAGCAGGAACUGCAGCUUUUUAGGGCCAUAUGUCCAUGUGCUGAAAGUAAAAUACUGAAAGAAGAGAUUGUGUUAGAAAGAACAGUCCUUGGGCUGUUCACUUUGUGUUAGAAGUAUACAGUAUGUCAGAAGUGUGUGUGUAAGACUUUCUGAUGUAAUAAUUUGUGUUCAUUACACGUGUCUUUCAGCAUGCCUGUGUUAUAUGGGUACGUUGUAAAUGAGUAACAUGAUUUGACAGUCCAAAACACAACUAUGGCACAUGUUUACUUUUCAAAACUAUCUUAUUUUACAUAGCUAUGUAUGUAAAUAGUUAUAUAUAGUACACACAGAAACAUAUGCACAUCUACUUUUUCACUGCAGCAUAUUAAGAUUUAUUGUAGUGUUAAUUUAAGAACUUACUUGUAUUGAGUUAUGAAAGUCGUACAUACAGAUUACUGAUCAUGUUUAAGUAUGCAAGCAUGUGGUGUGCUUCUUUGUCUCUAUAUAUUUUGGCAGAGACUUUCUUCAUUAAAAUCAGUGUGUUAGCCGGAGCAACUUCAAGAAUGCAGGGAGUUAAAGAUCCAGUUACAAGCCACAUGGGGAUAGUGCAACCAUGUCCAUCUGUUACACUUUUACAGUCACAGAAAGAGAGUCUUCUGGGCCAUCAUGUGAACAAUCUUCAUCAGGCUCUUAACAUAGAUUUUCACUAUGUCUGACAAGUGACCGUUGGUGAAAUAGACCCAUACAACAUGUGCUUUUGUUAUACAUGUGACUUAAACAUAAGUUCAUGUUUAGGCACACAAUGAUCAGUUGUUGGAAUACAGUGUAAUCCCCAGCGUGAACCCGGUAGCACACUAAGAAAAAAUUGUAAAAAGUAGAUAUAACUUGGAGAUUCAAGUCCACGGUCUUCAUUAAGUGCCAAAUUGUGUUUUUCUAUGUUUGUGUUUAUUGAAACUCAAUGCCAACCUCUUUCUUUCAGUAUGUUGUUGGGUAUAAACAUAACUACCUAGCCUAAUGGUAUAUCUACAAACAUUAAAACAUACUUAAAAUAGUUCAACAAUAACAAGUGUAACACGUGAGGAGUUUAAUUUUAAAAUGUAAUCUAAAAAAGUACUCAUUUGUUUAUAAAUUAUUGUGCAGACAACUUGCUUCAUGCCAUAAAUUAGUGAAAUCACACGCUAUUAUUUUUUUUUUCUUGAAAUCCAAAAUAAAUCCAAAACCUACAUAUAAAGAAAAUCAUUAAAAUGUACACAUUAGCAUUUCCUAAAAUAUUACACAAGGUUUUAUUUUUUUUUACAUUUAUAUUGCAAAUUGCUUUCUUUUGUUUUCAUCGAUCUUUUCUGAGAUAUUGACAAAAAUAAAAUGAGGUUAUAUACAGAAUUAGAUAAACCGUUAAAAGAAAACUAAAACAUUGUAAAUACUUAACAAAUAAUUAACAGACAUGUUGACAGUUAUACGCCAUCCCAAGUAAGAUGCAGUUUUGGAGGUUAAAGAGGGAGUAAAAUGUUUGAAAGUGGGUCACCGAAUUGUGGUUAAAUCAAGAAUAGGCUAUAUUAUUGUGGCUGACCAAAGGACUCCAUAGCUGCUCAAGAAUUAUUUAAAAUCUGUUUAGUUAAAUGUGCAUGUAGAAAUAAAGUCAUGAUAGAGUUCUCAGCCAAUUAUUCACUUUCAAUCCCUUGAGCAUAUGAGACAUAUUUAUUUUACAUUUCAUAUAUAGUGCUCAUCUUCAAUGUCAUAAAUAUUCAAAAUAUGAAUUGUGGGGAAUAAAAAUUAAAUUAAAAAGUAAUUUCAAUGUGGGCUCUGUCACUGCAUAAUUUGCAAAGACCCCUGGCAAUGACUGCUGUGUGUGGUGGUGGAUUGCAGGGGAAGGUGGGUUAUAUUUACUUGAACCUGUUCCUCAGAGCCACCUACAUUGGUCUUGCUGCCAGGUGAAAUUAUUUGUGUUGUACAACACUGAGGUCUAUGGAGCAUACUGUGAAAUUGUGAGAUCCUCCAUAGACAGUGCCUUUCCCUUGCCUGCAGCCAUCACCAGGGACAGUUGGUGGAAAUGACAAAACCUGACAAAGGCCUUUUGUCAUAUAGAGGAACAGUACUAAGUCUAUAUUUUGUCUUAGGGUAUCUCUUGACUGCAUUGGAAUUUCAGUGAAAUUCUAACACAGACAUUGCCAGUAUUUCAUACAGAUUUAAUCUUUUUGGAAGGGGAGGUCGAAUCUUAGACCAAAAUACCCAGACAUUAAUGACUUGGGAAAUGUUUCCAUUUUGGCCUAUAAUGUGAAAUUCACUUCGAAUUAUUGACUGUUUACACUGAAACUGUCAACUGAAUAAUCUAAAUACAUCUAAACUGAAUAAUUCAGAUAUCUAUGCAUCUAAAAGGUUAAACUUAGAAACUGGAAUUUUAAUAAUGGAUAAUUGCCAAUUUGAGUAUCUGAUCUUCCCAUUACCUAUCUAAGAUAAGAGAUAUUAUAUUUACCCUAGAAUUCUGGAAGUCUUAAGUUUUAGUGUCUUGUUAAAUAAAUGUGUCCUUUUGUUUCUUGCUUCCUGAGUGUGCGUUGCUUUUUUAAUUUAAAAAAACAUUGUAUUGAAUCUGUUAAUCAAAUGUUUUACAAUAAUGAUAAUAGAACAAAAUAUAAAACAAAUCCUAAUAAAAGAGGGGGGGGGGAAAGGGAAGGGGUGAAAAAAAAAAAUAACCCAUACAAAAUAAGUCAUAUUUGAAUUGUUUAAUAGUUGUAUAAUACCUCUGAAAUGGCUCUAAAAUAAAAAAAAAAUACUUCUUAUAGGGUAUAUUUUACAGAGAAAAUAUUUUUACAAUCUCUUCUUUCCAUAUAUCCCAAUAAUAUUUUAGGCCAUCUGUAAAUGAAGAUGAUUGUCUAAUAGCUGAUUCGGUUUGUUUACGCUCUUAGAUGGUAUAUAAUGUUGCCAUAGAGGACAUAGUCUUAAAUUAGAGGGGCAAAGGUUUAACGAUAUUAUCAGGAAGUAUUACUUUUUUUUAGUAGAUAUACCUCAAAUGAAAGCAUGCAUUUAUGUAUUUUUAAUUGCUGGUAUAGCUAAAAAUAGAUUGUAAAAGCUGCAGUUUUCUUGUUUACUGCCUUUGGAAGCCCUUCCCUUCUAAACCCGCCCAGACAUUCUGUGACUGUCCAAUAACAAUCUUCCCAAUGCUGCUCAGUGAAAAGUAUUUGCAAGGCAGUUGCUCUGAGCAGUUGUCUGCCUCUUGAGUUUAACUUUAGUAAAAUGAAAAAGAAGACACUCUACUUACAUAAAGCAUUCCAGCACUCAAGUGCAUUAUGGGAACAGAGUGUACCUUCAACAAAAAUUAUUGACUGUUCUGGACAGAUAUAAUUAAAUCAAGGCCAUAGUGUUGUAAUUAUUAUGAUUGGGCAGAUCAAAAUUAAAAGAGUGAAGUGUAUUUUCCUUAUGGCAAGACUUUUAUAUAUCUAAAAAGAGCAUUGCUGUUUGGGGAAAUAAUGUUUCUUUCCAUUCCAUUGUAAGAUUAGAUCCUGCAACAGGAUGUAAGAAAUGCAACCAGGAAAUUGCAUCCCAAGAAGCUGCCAAACAUAUCAAUGCAGUUACCAUUAUCUCAGGUUCUGUUUGUUAAUGAUAAUGAGGAUAGAUCAUAUUUGUAAAUGUUACGUUUCCUAAUAAUUUGGUUAAAUUUGCCUUUGAAACAUUUUAUUGCCCGUGUAUGUCUGUAAACAGUGUACAUAAUUCAGACUAUUCGCUGGUUAAAUUCUAAUUGCUAUUCCUAUUAUAGGUAGAUGCGUGGUUGGUAUUCUUUUUACACUGUGUUCCUAUCAUAUUCUAGAAUUCUGGGAUAUUGCAGAAGUAAAAUGUGCUAUAUAGGUGGAGGCACACAAGUCAAACCCACUAAUGCUAUAAUUCUUUUUCAUUUAGAGAUCUUGUAAAUAGUCUCAAAUUACACCAUUACAUUGAAUACAAUUGAGAGAUAAUGUACCUAAUUAUACUUUAGCUUUACAUGUCUUGGUUUAUUGCUACCUUAUCCUAAUAUUUGUUAGAGAAGAUUAACAGUAAUUUAUCUGUUUUGAACUAAUUUCCCUCUUAUAAAACAUUUCGUGAUUAUCUUUUCUCUGAGAAAUAGAACGCUGACAUAAUCCUUUAAGUCAAUGAGACAAGUUAGGAGAGUAUUCCUCCAGUUAUAUGUUUAAACCUCAGAGGUACAAGUUUAUUUUAGAGCAGGGUCAACCCAGCCUUUAUUCCCCCUGAGGUCUGUAAAGUGAACACUGUAUACAGAGGUUUCUAGAAUUUAAGAUUUGGUCAAGCUAGCAAAGGUGGUUACUCUACCUCAUUUCUAGAGCCCUUCAUUUCAAGUAACCAUCUUCACUCUCUAUUUACCUUAUUGCACCCCCUAUCUUUACAUGUCUCUAAACUAUCCUAAUAUUGUUGGGACAGUCUCAAUUUUGAGGUCCUUUCCCACUUUUCUGACUUUUUUCCCCCCAGUAUCCCACUUUUGGGGACACCAGGUUAAUUUCAAAUUGUGAUGGAUAUCAUUAGGUGUGCUCGCACAACAUGCUUUAGGACUCUGCAGAGAGCAGUGAAACAGUGCUUCCUGCAUGGCCUGCCCUCAGUGAUCUGAACUGCUUAAUUGGCUGUCAGCCUGGCUUGUAUAGACACCCGGCUGAACUGGCACUAAUUUGGUCAUGUCUGCCCCCUUUGUGGGUCCCACUACGCUGCAGCCCUCACAUAUACAUUUUACUUAUCUGAUUUCUAGCUCCCCUAUCUCAUCUCUUUGGGAUAGAACCUACAGUGACCACUGAGUUGUAUAGUUAUAAUAUAUUUACACCCACAGCACUAAAGAUAAUCUCAAAAUAUCCAUCCUGUUAAGUUACUUCGAUGAUUAUUGUGAUGUUUUGUGGUCUUGAAAUCCUCUAUGUAACUUGAUUAAUUAAAAAGCAAAAUUGAUCAUUUUUGCUUCUCAUUAUGCUUCCUGGAUUUUGAGGAGACUGGGCUAGAAUGGGGUGUGCCUGUGGAAUGCACAUGACAGAUGUGAUAAUGUCAGAUAUAUUAGGUUCUCCAGGUGCAGAAGCUCAUUUAAAUUCUGCUUUGCAGAGUAGAAGUGCAUUUAAUGACACUCUCCAAUGCAGCAUGCCAGAUAAAAAAAAAAAAAAAAAAAGACAGAGGUUCAAAAUUAGGUCUUGCUCUUGCCAGAUCCUGAUCACAUAUCCUUUUUAAUUGCAAUAAAAAACAAAACUAAGCAUGAGCUUAGACUCUAACAAGGUCUGAAGAAAGCGUAAACAUAUUGCAUUGUAUGUAGGUUGCAAGACUGAGGAGUUUAUUCUCUAAAAAUGAAAAUGACAAUAUAACUGUUAUGUUUUAGCUAAACAAAUUGAAAACAUUUUCAGUUUCACUAUUUUGACCUAGACUUUACUAUUUACUUAUUACUUCUCUACAAUGAAUGGUGUUUAUGAUCUUGAGAAAAUUUGGCCUUAGGAAAUCUUUGUUUGAUUUUUAGCUGAGCCAUUAACAAGCUUAUUUUGCUGCCUCUAUUGUAUUUGUUGUAGAAUCAGUGAAAUCUACUGAAAAAAUGUUUAACCCCUUAUGGACCAGGCCAAUUACCUAUGUCAUGACUAAUUGUCACCACAACAAAAAAAACCCACUUGGCAGAGAAAGGGUGGAACAAUAAUCUAUCUUUUAAAAAAAAAUAAAAGUGUUCCAAUCUCUAUGUAAGGUAAAACAGAAAAGAAAGACUACAUUAAAAAAAUACUUUAUUUUGGAUGGUACACGCAAUUUCUGAUCUUUUAGAGUAUAACAUUUUAUCUCUACGUUGUGCUUGUAGAAUUGCUAGCAAAUGUAUAGAUUUGUACAAAAACAUUUUUAACCCCUUAAGGACACAUGACGUGUGACAUGUCAUGAUUCCCUUUUAUUCCAGAAGUUUGGUCCUUAAGGGGUUAAAGGAUCACCCUAGCAUGAGAAACAGAAACGUAUUUCACAAUACAUGUAUUAUACUAACAAUUUAGAUUAUCGGGUUACCCUUAAUUAAGUUGAAAAAAAGCUCUUUUCUCCUUGCAGUUGCUUUGCUUCUACUGGCUGAGAACAUUAAUACUGAUAAUCUCAGCCAAUCCAAUGCUUUCCCAUAGGGAAGCAGAGGAAGGCUAGUAUGUAUGUUCAGCAAUUACCUCGCUGCGCCAAUCAACAUCUCCUCAUAGAGACGCGUUGACUCUCUCUGCAUCUCUCUGUGGAGCAUUCAUUGCAAUCAUUGCAGGACUGCAACCAUGAAGCCCCUGUAUAAGUGGCAUUAGGUAACAAAGUAAACUCAGCCUUUUCUCAGAAAAUAUAGUGUUUUAUAGCCAGACAGUGCUAAAACUGUUCUUUUUUACACACUAUCGGAUUUUCAGCUGUCUCAUGAUCUUGACACUACACGUUUUUUUUAAUGUCUGAAGACAUAUUUUUAUGGUAAAUAUCCACAGUAACGCAGGAGCUGUUGAAGCUAAAGUCCCAUGCUCACACAUUGCAAUAGGCCCUUUCUGCUGAUUUAUUUUGUAUCUUUUUUUUGCAGUCUGCUGCUGCCCUAUAAUUCAGGUAGUAACACCUUGCUCUCCCAGUGUAUUUCUCUGUGCUUCAUCUUAUUUGUAUUUAUGCAUGAGUUUGGAAAUGCAUAUGGCCGGCCUGCCACAUGACAUCAUCCUUACCCAUAAAGCAGGCAUGCUACUUAGAGGCUGCUUAUACACUUGUCCAAUCAUGGCUGCCCAUACUCCAAGUGCUAUUUAAUUGGUUAAACACAUGCUUGCGAUACACUUUCCCUUCUGUACAAGGUACAAGGUUGCAGAACUGGGCUGUUGGGUGAUUGGGAGGACUUUGAAUGGAGCUGUUCAAUACAUGUCUGCAAUGCAUAGCUGCAGACAGAGGUUAUAUACAUGCCCUUCUAAGUGGAUGAGACCAAAAAGCUAAAAUCAGAUUUCAAAACAAGGCCUAACGGAAUCUUUAGCUUCAGCCCAUGAAGCCCCUAAUUCAGCUCUGUUUUAUACUAAUUUGAUUGCUCUAUAUUCACCACAUAUACAGGCAACCUACAUGUCAGAAUUAAACCAACCACAAACAGAAAAGUUCAAUUGACGCUGUAGGGGAUCACAAUAACUGUGAGUUUAUUUAUUUUUAUAGGAUGUCUGACAGCCAUUAGUAAGAAACAUGUUACCGGUGAGCAUUCUUUGUUUAGUUUAUGUUAAAACUGCAAAAGAUUAUUCCCCACUGUGAGAAUUAUUUUGUUUGUUUUGGAGGAAAAAGACUGUAUAUUUUGAUUUACAUAAGAUGAAAGGGCACUUGCGGGGGGCAGAGCUUGACAGCUGUGCUGAGCAGAAGCCAUCUUGUGUAACUCCAAUGCCAUAUGCUUAUUUUUUUUUUUUCAGAAAACGGACAGAUAGUGGCAAUUUUUUUUUUAUUCUAACCUGCCAAAACCUGCAACUGAAUGGCUUAAAGGACCACUAUAGGCACCAGACCACUUCAGCUUAAUGAAGUGGUUUGGGUGCCAGGUCCAUCUAGGAUUAACCCUGCCUGCUGUAAACAUAGCAGUUUCAGAGAAACUGCUAUGUUUACAAAUGAGUUAAUUCAGCCUCUAGUGGCUGUCUCAUUGACAGCCGCUAGAGGCGCUUCCGCGCUUCUCACUGUGAUUUUCACAGUGAGAAGAUGCCAGCGUCCAUAGGAAAGCAUUGAGAAUGCUUUCCUAUGAGACUGGGUGAAUGCGCGCGUGGCUCUUGCGGCAGAAGAUUCCCCCGAAGAUUCCCCGGCGCUGGAAAAAGCUAAGGGAUUAACCCCUUCCUCACCCGAGAGCCCGGCGGGAGGGGGACCAUAUAGAGCCAGGAAAACGAGUAUGUUUUCCUGGCACUAUAGUGGUCCUUUAAGCUGCUGAUUGAAGCCAUUUUUAUAUCCACCAGCCGUAAACCGGCAGCGCAAGAAGAAAGGGGUCUAGUAGUAUGAAACCACGUGCAGCAAGCAUGUGUGCAGACUUUCUCCAUGAUUAAUUCACCCCCAUUGGGGCUUAAUAUCUUACCAGUCACACUGAUCAUUAUUAUGUUAUUAUUUAUAUACAGCGCCAUCAAAUUCCUCAGCGCUUAUGGUUUGGCGCUCUCAGAAAUUUGCAGCAGUUCCGCCGACAGACUACUGUGACAUUGGGACUCUACUUCAGCGACAGCCACAGCCUAAACAGUCUUUGUCCCCUGUUGAGGAAUCACCUCUCUCUACCCUGGAGGAUGGCUCCCUUCACACAGAAUCUCCAACACUUACCUCGCUGGCUCGUUCAGAAAGCGACACACCUGCAGCAAAGGGGUUAUUUAAGGCUUGCUGUCCAAAAUAAAAUCACUAUUUGCUGCAGACUCUACUAUGAUUUUAACAGAGGUUCAAGCGGUCACUGAUAGAAUUCAAGUCAAUGAAGAAGACAUACUGGUACUGCACCAACAGGAUACCUAGCUAUAGAAUCACAUUCCCACGUGCAAACUUAGCAAUUGGAGCUGACCCUUAGAUUAGACUCUGGAUGACAAAUACAGAAGGCACAUUAUUAAGAUAGAAGGUUUUUCUGAAAUAGUAGUGACUGAGUAGCUCUUUUUAGGAGACUGCUCGCCUUCAUCUUACCACCUAAGCAAGCUAAAACAUUGACAUUUGAUGGUGCAUAUAGAACAAGUAAAUCAACAAUGGGCCCUACAUCUGUUGUCACUUUAUUCUAAACAAAGGUUGCCUAAUGUCUGCCUUUUAGGGGAAAACUCUGUUUACCUUUGAGCCCAGCUACUUUACAACUAUGUACCACUGUUCUGCCAUAUCACUGGUCUGCUCCAAGAGCACUGCCUGUCCAAAAGAAUGGGACACUUCAUAGAUUUCAUUCUGUAGCAGAAGGUACACCAGUUCUCGGUAUGAUGAUUGACAUAGGAACUCCUCCGACCUCAACUGAGCCAUUCUGCUUGUGGGAUGCCCAAAAUGUGGUUCCCUCCGUCCCGACACUGGGACAGGAUACUGGAUACUGGAUAAUGGCAGCAGGCUUUAUUUACAUAUAGGCUUGCGCUCUAUAUGUAACAUUUUAUUUUGUUCCAGUUAUUCUCAUUUAUGUUUUAAUGUUUAUUCCAUGCUCCUAGAUAAUUUCUGGAUCUGUAUAAUCUAUUAAAAGGCUUAGUGGUAUACACUCCCCUUUCCUGCCCCUCUGUGAUUCCCUGUAGUUAGGGGCUCUCUUAUUACUAAUUGAGCCUGCAAUACUGAAUGUCUCCCUACCGAGUAUCUUAAGUAGUUAGCCUCUGCAGAGUUAAUGAUAUCCCGCUUGGGCUUAAAGCACCCUUGCUUGUGUUUCACCCCAAUGGUCACUGAUAUGCAACUGGUUCUCUAAACUAUGGAGCAAGUGCAGGUUCAUAGUUAUUUUCCUAUGAGGGUUUUCUCAGCAAGGCUUUCUUUACCUUAAAGGGACACCGUAGGCACUGUAUCUGCUUCAUCUCAUUAAACUGGUUAAAAUGUCUGGAGUCCUCUGGUCCCAUCAUUUCUAUCAGCAUUAAACAGUUUUUAAAGUUUUAAUGUUUUAAUGCUAAAGAAGAGUCCCCGGCAAUCCAUCACCUCUGUGCUGCUUUGGCUAAUAAGGAAGUAUUAGCCUGAGCAGCAAUGGGCAGCUGUGAUUGACUGAGAGUGUCAGCUGACUGCUUUUAGCCUGUCAGAGUUCCAAAUGACGGUAUGAAUGGGUAUGACAACAAGGAAGUGUGUAAUCUCUGCCUUAGCUACACAUUCUGAAGGGGCCGGAUUGUGGGUGGCCAGGGACUCUUAUUUUGUGGCAUACUGCUUGAACAUGGUGCAACACUGAACGGAGGGACAGUGCCAGGGUACUCCAGGCACUAUAACUAAUUCAAAGAGAUGAAAUGCUUAUAGUGACUACAGUGUCCCUUUAAUUUGUAUAUUAUGUAUAAUAUAAAAGAGAUAGUAAUUACAUGUCAGAUCUUAUACUAUCACAAUAUAGAAUCCUAGAGUGUCCCGCAGAAUCUUUAAAAGUUUAAUGUAAUUUAAAAAAAACUGGAGUAAUCACUUACUAGGCUUACCUAUUUGUGUAAUAACUGUCUACAACCAAUCAUUGUGGCUCAAACCACUCUAUGUCCUCAUAUGUAGUGCGAUUGCCUGUGACUCAUAACCCUAUCUAAUUAAUUUCAUGUAUGGAAUCUUCUUAUUGUUGUGAUCAUACCUUAAUAAAAAAAAUUGAUUGACAAAACCUCUAGGUCUUUGUCAAUCUAUUUAAUGCCUCCCUACUGUACCGUUUUAGGCGGGACAUCCCUGUUUUUAUCCCAACUUAAUUCCCUAGUGCUCCACGUUUGAGUACACCCAACAAGCAUAUCAUGAGCACAUUAUUAAAUGUGUUUUCACUAUGUUCAGGGCAGUAAUACCCUGCAGUAAUUUGACUAGACCUGCCCCUUUUUUAGGCAGAGCUAAUGAUGGGACCCACCCCCUAUACAAACCUCCCACCAGACUCCACUUCAUGGUUAAACUGAUUGAAAAGGUUUAACUCAUGAUGGUAAUAAAGUGAAAGGGUAAUGUGGACAAUUAAACCACUUAAUCGACAUCUGUUCCAUUAAGUAUUUGGACAUUCUGCAAUAUAAUUUCAAUAAUAUUGUUUAUGUAGAAUUUUGCACAAUGACUUCACAGAUUGAUACCAUGUGGUUCAGUACAUGCACAGUGCAGCCACUCACUGGUACCACAUGCUUUAGUAUGUAUGCAAUGUGCUCAAGCAAAGCCUUUGAAAGAGACAAUUUUCUCAAAAAGAUGCAUGAUCUUUAAACCGCCCCACCUCCAAAAUAAUAAUUAAAAAAAAACCUUACCGUUUAACCCUUUCAGGACGGAGUCAAUAGUACACGUUCUGAUCAAAACAAAAUGUAAACAAACACUGGUAUUUGCGCUAUAUGUCUGUUCAACCGUAAUUCACCUCUUUCAUAUUAAGUGCACCCACACUUAUUAUAUAUCUUUUUGUUCAGGAGAAACUGGGCUUUAAUUUCUCAUGAACUAUUCAUAUUUGAAACAUAAUUUAUUAUGAAUAAAAUUUCAAAAACUGAGCAAUUAAGAUUUUUAAAAAAUUUGUAGACAUUUUAGAUGUAAUUGUCAUAAUACCGUUAGCUUUAACUGCAAAAAAAAAUACCCCACAUGUUUGGAUUCAGCAAAGUGUCUCAAGUACAACAGUUCUCCCCAUUAACAGUUUUUACAGUGUUUUGGAAAGUUAAAGGGUCAAAUAUAGCACAUUCCAUUUUUCAGUUUUUUCAAAUUGAAAUUUGCCAGGUUGGUUAUGUUGCCUUUGAGACCAUGUGGUAGCCCAGGAAUGAGAUUUACCCCCAUGAUGGCAUACCAUUUGCAAAAGUAGACAACCCCAGGUAUUGCAAGUGGGGUAUGUGUAGUCUUUUAUAGUAGCCACUUAGUCACAAACACUGGCCAAAGUUAGCGUUUAUAUUUGGUUUUGUGUGAAAAAAGCAAAAAAACUAAUAUUUGGCCAGUGUUUGUGACUAAGUGGCUACUAAAAAUGACUGGACAUACCCCAUUUGCAAUACCUUGGAUUGUCUACUUUUUCAAAUGGUAUGCCAUCAUGGGGGUUAUUCUCAUUCCUGGGCUACCAUACGGUUUCAAAUGCAACAUAACCAAUCUGGCAAAUUUCAAUGUGAAAAAAAUGAAAUGCAAGCCUUAUAUUUGACUCUCUAACUUUCCAAAACACCAUAAAAUCUGUACAUAGGGGGUACUGUUAUACUUGGGAGACUUCACUGAACACAAACAUAAGUGUUUCAAAACAGUAAAACAUAUUACAACAAUAAUAUUGUCAGUAAAAGAGCCGUUCGUGUAUGAAAAAUGCAAGAAACUUCACUUUUACUAAAUAUAUAAUCAUUGUAAUACAAUAUAUCAUUUUGAAACACUAAUAUUUGUGUUCAGCGAAGUCUCCCAAAUAAAACAGUACCCCCCAUGUACAGGUUUUAUGGUGUCUUGGAAAGUUACAGGGUUAAAUAUAGCGCGUGUGAUCUUAAUUCUCUGCACUUGCUGCCUGGGUUGUCAGGCACGUCAAUCAAAUUUUAAUUAAUUAAAUCACAUAAUUAUGUUUAAAUAUUACUUAAGCAUAAACGUAUAAUUUUUAUAUAUAUAUAUAUAUAUAUAUAUAUAUAUAUAUAUAUAUACAUAUAUAUGUAUUUAAAUUCUAUGUGUAUACUUAUGUAGUUAUUUAUGUAAUUAUAUAUAAAUAUUUGCAGUUAUUUGUAUUUUAUAUAUAGAUAUAUAUAUAGAAUGUCAUUCUAAAUGUAUUUUGUUACCAAUAUAUAUGUAUUAAUAACAAAAUACAGUUAGAAUGAGAUUACAUAUGUAUAUAUAAUUUAUUUAAAUUUUUAAAAAAUAUUUAUUUAUUUUAUUAUUUUAUUUAUUUACUAUUGUAAUUAUACGUAUAUAUAAACAUAAAAUAUAUAUAUAUGUAUUAUAUAUACAAUAUAUAUCUUAUAUAUGUAACGUCAUUCUAAGUGUAUUUUAAGAUUAAUAUAUGUACUUAUAUUAACAUUAAAAUACAUUACGUAUCACGUUACAUAUAUAUAUAUAAGAUGUAUAUAUAUUAGAUAUAUAAUAUAAAUAUUUUAUAUAUAUAUAUAUAUAUAUAUAUAUAUAUAAAUACUUUGAUUUUAACGUGUAAUAAUAUUUUUUAUUAUUCUUCCCACCAGCAGGGGGACUGUCUGACAGCUCAGACAGCCCCCCCUGCUGGCAGAUCCACAGCAAGCUAUAGGGGGCCAUGUGAUUACUCUUUGAGAACGAUCACAUGGCCGCCGGGGGAGGGCUGCCUGGGCUGUCAGGCAGCCCUCCUGAAGAGGAUCGCGGCGGAGGUGAGUACUGCUGAGCUCCUGGUGGUGAAAGCCGUUACGGCGUACUAUGCCGCCGCAACGGCUUUAAAGCCCAUUAUAAUGGUGACGGCAUAGAACGCCGUAACGGCGUUAAGAGGUUAAAUAUGAUAAAAAUGCCUAUAUAAACACAAUAUAGAAUGUUUGUGUAUGUGUAAAUGUCAAAGUGCAUGUUACCAUGGAGUGCCAAGUUAAACUUGCAAAGGCUGAAGACAAGAGAUCUGCAGCUUCUACAAGUAAUUUUUAGAUAUACGUCCAAUGACAAAUGUAUGAAAAACCAAGAAAAAUGCAUGCAUGCUUUUCAGUGAGAGUAUAUUUACUAAAUAGUGAUUUAAAAACAUAUAUAUUUUUUUUGGGCAGUGAAGUGUUCCUUUCAUUGCUGCAACAUUCUCUUCCCUAACAAACAACUGACUGAGCUUCAGUCUAUACGAAAUGCUGCAUUCCAACUCCCGUUUCUCAGCCGUGGUUCCUUUUCUCCUUCUCAACACUACUACCCCUUUCACUGACUCACAAUCUAAUUGUGGAUACAUUUUAAUUACUAAAAUUAUUGGUGUGGUUUAAGCUAUAAACAAACUUAUACCAAUAAGUGGACCGCUCCAACACAAAUACAGCUUACCGAAUAAUAUUUCAUUCAAUGGCGAAGUAUAUAGUACAUGCAGAAAAAAAAUACAAGGAAUACAAUAUAGUGCAGACGAUAUGGGAAGUGAUAAUAUAAUAGUUGUAAUGGUAUUUAAAUAAAAUGAACACUCACAUUUUUAGGAGCCUGUAUAUAAAAACACUGGCUCCGUAUGAUGGCUUUUGUGCUUGUUAGGGUAGCACCACCCGUCUCCUUCAGUGUGGGAUAAUUCUCAAAGACAAAAAACAACAAGGGAGAGCAAACCAAUGUGUAGAAAGUGCUGUAUGGAAAACACAAUAUGAUGGAGAUAAGUGGUGUGCUCACCUGGUCCUGAGCCUGUGGGUCCCGGCUCUAGGUAUAUGGGUUUUGUGUCAAUUUAAAUGGGGAUGACACUGCCCCUAGGAAGAUUCUCUUGAGGUUUCCAAGGAAGGACUUGAAAAGGAUCUUUAAUAAAAAUAAUGUAUUUAUUUAAGAAUAAAGUAAAUAAAAACAAUAGUAGUAAAAAGUUGACUUGCGGUAAGGCCGGGGAGUCAGGGAACUUCCGGGCGGAGGCGGAGUGACGAUCACGUGGGUCUGUGACGUCACUUCCGCCAACCACCCGGACACAUGCGGACUACUUCCGCCAACCAACCACGAUCCACCAAUGAAAAUGGACCAUAAUAAAGGCACCAGAAACCCGGCCAAAUCAAAGGGAGACACACAAAUUUUGUUUUAUGAGGGACAUGUAACCUCCAUCACCAUUGGAGGAAAUGGACUACAUUCAUUAAAGGGGAGGACCCUAGAAACGCUUAAAAUGGAAGAUUCAGAGGACCAUCAUCACAGCUGACUGAGGAAGCUCCACAGAAGGAGUGAAACGCGUAUUGGUUACUUUAAAGAGGACUUUUUAUAAGGACUUUUUACUACUAUUGUAUUUAUUUACUUUAUUCUUAAAUAAAUACAUUAUUUUUAUUAAAGAUCCUUUUCAAGUCCUUCCUUGGAAACCUCAAGAGAAUCUUACUAGGGGCAGUGUCAUCCCCAUUUAAAUUGACAAAAAACCCAUAUACCUAGAGCCGGGACUCACAGGCUAAGCACACCACUUAUCUCCAUCAUAUUGUGUUUUCCAUACAGCACUUUCUACACAUUGGUUUGCUCUCCCUUGUUGUUUUUUGUCUUUGAAAAUUAUCCCACACCGAAGGAGACGGGUGGUGCUACCCUAAUAAGCACAAAAGCCAUCAUACGGAGCCAGUGUUUUUAUAUACAGGCUCCUAAAAAUGUGAAUGUUCAUUUUAUUUAAAUACCAUUACAACUAUUAUAUUAUCACUUCCCAUAUCGUCUGCACUAUAUUGUAUUCCUUGUAUUUUUUUCUACAUGUACUAUAUACUUCGCCAUUGAAUGAAAUAUUAUUCGGUAAGCUGUAUUUGUGUUGGAGCGGUCCACUUAUUGGUAUAAGUUUGUUUAUAGCUUAAACCACACCAAUAAUUUUAACCUUGUUUUGUGGAAUAGAGGAUACUUCCACAUAAGUGUACUGAGCAGCCUGUAAACCACCUUAUUUGUUUAAAAGCACUGUGUCAUACACACCCCUCUGUAAAAGGAGAUAAUCUUUGAUUGGUAUUCAUAGACAUUUUAAUUACUGUCUGACUUACAAAGUUAUCCACAAUGUAGAUCCAUUUUAUGUUUUAUGCUUUUCUGCGCUUUUGACCUCAAACUCUCCUCCACAAUAACAAGUCACAAAUACUCCUCCUCUUCCUGAGCUAUGCCGUAUCUUUGGAAUUUACUCGUAUAUGAAAUUUGACUCUUUCCCUUACAUAUCAAACACUCUUUCGAAACAAAAGAUUUAAAGAAAAAAAAAAAAGCAUUAUCCUAUUCCCACAUUCCUUUUUUUCCUCUCAAUUUUUAUUUUCUUCCUUCUCUUUUCUCCUCUAACCCUUUCCUUUCUUUGAAUCCCUUCCUAACACCAAUUUAAAAAAUAAAAACUUGUUUGGAGAUUUGACCGUUAUUAACCUUUGAAACUUUUUUCUCCUCAAAUUUUCCCUAUUUUGAUAUACCACUGGGUUUACAUUCUUAUUUAUACAUUCUUCAUAUUCCAUGUCAUUAGUGUUUCUUGUAUGCCGCCAUCUCAAUAAAAUGACAAAUGCAAAAAAAAAACACAUGCUUUAAAAAUGUAAAUUAAAUACAAGCAAUAAAAACGUCACCUCCAAAGUUUCUUUUGAUUCACUGCCCCCGGUUCGAGAGAAACUCUUAUGAUAUUAGCACAUCAAAAGUUUAUGAGAUAAGUGGUGUUUCCCAAUAGGAGUUCCACGUGUGUUUUAAUUUGUAAGCUGAUGGCAGCCACACUGCAGCUGUUGUCAGUUUACAUAUAAAUACCAAUUGAACAAAGAAGGUUCAGGCCCUCCAAUGCUCUAUAGCAGGCUUCCUCAAACUUCCCCCAAAAUAAUAAUGCACAAUAAUGAAAAAGAAUGCCCAUAUUUCGCGUUCUGUUGCUAUCCCUAAAGAGGAAAGACGUCCAGGGCACGUCAUCGGUGUGUCCAGCAUCUCACGUCAAUGUGCAAAUGACAUCAUUGCGCAAAUUUGAAAUGCAUGUGACAUCAUAGCGCAGAGAGGCAAAUAUGCCUUCAGAUCCAGACAGGCACUAAUGAAAAAAAUGCCCACAAGGGGUGGAAUAAAAGGCAAAUGUUGAUUUACAUAUUGCCAACCAAUUCCAUUAACCAAGUAAUUGAAAAUGAUUUUGCCAACCACUUACCAAAGGAAAAAUGAUGUAAAAAAUAUAACCAUCAAAUAGGCAGAUGGUAAAAAUAUAUGUUAAAAGAUCACUAUAUUCAUAUUUAAUAAUAAAAUGUUUUUAUGUAAAAAGACUUAUAAUAAAGUGAAAGCACUUCACAAAAGUGCUAAUACAUAAUAUGUCCUAAAAUAAUAGAUGUAAUAUAAGCUAAAGUGCUAUAUGUAAGCAAAUGUUUAACAUAUUAUGAUUAUAGUGCAAUAAAGAUAAUUCAAUUGGCAUGAUUAUUUAAAUUGACAGUGCAACCGAAAACAAUGAUAAAAAUGAUUGUGACUAUAUGUGCAAAAAACAAAAAAAACAACAGGGAUACAAGAUGACAAACAUUCAAAAAAGAAUAGAUUACUUAAAGGACCGCUAUAGGCACCCAGACCACUUCAGCUUAAUGAAGUGGUCUGGGUGCCUGGUCCAGCUAGGGUUAACCCUUUUUUUUAAUAAACAUAGCAGUUUCAGAGAAACUGCUAUGUUUAUAAAUAGGUUAAUCCAGCCUCUAAAGCCUCUAGUGGCUGUCUCAUUGACAGCCGCUAGAGGCAUUUGCGUGCUUCUCACUGUGAAAAUCACAGUGAGAAGUCGCAAGCUCCUGCCGCGCAUGCACAUUCAACUGAAGAGGAGGAGAGGAGGGAAGAGGAGGAGGAGAGCUCCCCGCCCGGCGCUGGAGAAAGAGGUAAGUUCAACCCCUUCCUCCCCCCAGAGCCCGGCGGGAGGGGGUCCCUGAGGGUGGGGGCAUCCUCAGGGCACUAUAGUGCCAGUAAAACGAGUAUGUUUUCCUGGCACUAUAGUGGUCCUUUAAGUGUUACUUGAUAUUAAAGGAUCACUAUAGUGUCAGGAAAACAAACUUGUUUUCCUGACACUAUAUAACCCUUAGGUCCCCCCCUCCUGCUGGGCUGAAGGGGUUAAAACCCCUUCAGCUACUUACUUUAAUCCAGUGCCCGGGCUCCCACGGCAUUGGUGACCUCUCCUCCCCCUCCGACAUCAUCUCCCGAGUGGAGCGGUAUGCCAGAGCCGCGCGCGCUUUAAAAAUGCCUAUAGGAAAGCAUUUCUCAAUGCUUUCCUAUGGACGUUCUGCACACUGGAUGCGAAUUUCGCAUCCAGCUUCACAGAUGCGCCUCUAGCGGCUGUCAGGAAGAUGGUCGCUAGAGGCUGGAUUAACCCUGCAAUGUAAACAUAGCAGUUUCUCUGAAACUGCUAUGUUUACAUCUGAAGGGUUAAAACCUGGGGGACCUGGCACCCAGACCAUUUCAUUGAGCUGAAGUGGUUUGAGUGACUAUAGUGGUCCUUUAAGUUAUAUAAGAUCCCCGUGGGAGGCCAAUAUUAUGUUGUGUGAUAUAUAACCACACCAAUGGAUAAAAAAAAAAAUCUGUAAAAAAAAAAUGUUUCCAUCAAGUUCCGCCUUCUUCACAUUAGUUUUUUUGCUGUUGAUCCAAAAGAAGGCAAAAAAACCCAGUUUUAACAACUUCCAAUUUUGCAAUAAACUAGAAAAAAAAUUACCUCUUUAUUAUUAUUAUUGUAAUUUAUAAAGCGCCAACAGAUUGUGUAGCGCUUUACAAUAUUAUAAGGGGGGGGGGGAAUUUAACUGUAAAGAGGACAAUUACAAAAAACCUACAGGAACGAUAUGUUGAAGAGGACCCUGCUCAAACAAGCUUACAGUCUUUAGGAGCUGGGGUAUAAAACACAAUAGGACAGGAGAUAGCAAUCAAAUAAGGUGGGAGUGAAGCAGAGCUGGAGGAGAAAGUAGAGUGCUGCUCUUUAGGAGAGAGCAAGUGACAGGUAUGUGAGGUAGGGAUUACUCUGGAAGGCCAUAAGCGUUGAUCAAUAGAUAGGUUUUAAGGCACUUUUUAAAUGAUUAAAGACUAGGGGAGAGCCUAAUGGUGGUAGACCGGCUAUUCCAUAGGAAGGGAGCUGCCUGCGAGAAAUCCUGCAAGCGUGAGUUGGCCGUACAGGUGCAAGAAGCGGACAGGAGAAGGUCAUGGGCAGAGCGGAGAGACCGAGAAGGGGCAUACCUAUAGAUCUGUGAGGAGAUAUAAGAGGGGCUAGAAUUGUUCAAUGCUUUAUAGGUAUGGAUUCAGGGCCGGACUGGGAAGAUAAUUCGGCCCGGGCAUUUUUUAAUUACAGCGGCCCACUACAAAGGGGGCGGGGCCAGAUAGGGUGUGUGCUGUGCAUGUCAGGGGUGCAGUGUGUGGGUGCUGUAAGUGUUAGGGGUGCAGUGUCUGUGUGUGUCUGUGUGUGUGUGUGUGAGGGUGCUAUAAGUGUUAGGUGUGCAGUGUGUGUGUGUGAGUGAGGGUGAUGUGAGUGUGUGUGUGUGUGUGUGUGCUGUGUCAGGGGUGCAGUGUGUGUGAGUGAGGGUGCUGUUCAUGUCAGGGGUGCAGUGUGUGUGUGUGUGUGUGCUGUGAGUGUCAGCGGUGCAGUGUGUGUGUGCUGUGAGUCUCAGGGGUGCAGUGUGUGUGUAUGUGAGGGUUCUGUAAGUGUUAGGUGUGCAGUGUGUGUGUGUGAGUGAGGGUGAUGUGAGUGUGUGUGUGUGUGCUGUGUCAGGGGUGCAGUGUGUGAGUGUGAGGGUGCUGUGCAUGUCAGGGGUGCAGUGUGUGUGUGGGUGCUGUGAGUGUCAGUCAGGGGUGCAGUGUGUGCUGUGAGUGUCAGGGGUGCAGUGUGUGUGUGUGAGUGUCAGGGGUGCAGUGUGUGUGUGUGUGUGUCAGGGGUGCAGUGUGUGUGUGUGAAUGAGGGUGCUGUGAGUGUUAGGGGUGUCUGUGAGGCUGAUGUUAGUUAGGUGAUUAUUUCCCCCCCCUCCCUGCUUACCUUUAGCCUGGGAGGGGGAUCCUGCUGCUGGGGCUUCCAUCCAUCCCUGGUGGUCUUAGUGGUGAGUGAACUCUAGCCUGUGAGGCUAGAGUUCACUCUCGAGAGAGCGUUGCCAUGGCAACGCUCCGAAUCUCGCGAGAGGAACCCGGCGGAGCUGUUAGUUAAAGCUCCGCCGGGUUCCUCUGCUGGCAGGCUGGCUCCCUCCCUCUCUCCCCCGGCGGCCGCACUAUCCUGCAUGUGGGCCGGUGGGGAGAUCUCUGAUCUCCUCCAUGGACUACUGCAGGGCCGGCGUUCAGAUAGCGCCGGCCCUGCAAAGACCGGCAGGAGAGAUCCUGUGAUCUCCCUGCCGGCCUCGGCCCCACGGCCACCGCGGCCCACCGGGCAUUUGCCCGGUGUGCCCGAUGGCCAGUCCGGGCCUGUAUGGAUUAGUAUGUUGAAUUGAGUCCUACAGAAUACAAUUCAAAGUACUAAUCCAUACCUACCUCUUGACCCCAGGAUGGCAGUCAGAUUUAUCCUUGGAUCAAGAAGCUAUUACCCUACAGUUAAAAAAUUAAAUAACUGAAUAUUAUGUUUUUGCAAGAAUGCAUCAGGUUGCUGUUUAAAUAUCUGUACAGAUUGUGAUAAAAUUACUUCUUCAGGCAGAGAAUUCCACAUCCUUAUUGUUCUCACGGUUAAAAAAAAACAGCCUUUUCUUUGCCUUAGACUAAAUCUUCCUUCUUCCAGUCUAAGCGCAUAACCUUGUGUCCUAUAUAUAGUCUUGUUUGUGAAUCGAUUUCCACACAAUGGUUUGUAUUGGCCCCUGGAUAUAUUUGUAUUAUGUUAUCAUACCCCCUCUGAGGCAAAGUUUUUCCAAACUAAAGAGGUUUGAAUUUGUUAACCCCUUAAGGACCAAACUUCUGGAAUAAAAGGGAAUCAUGACAUGUCAUGUGUCCUUAAGGGGUUAACCUUUCUUCAUAGCUGAAAUGUUCCAUUCCUUUUUAUUAAUUUUGUAGCCGCCUCUACACUUUUUCUAAUGCCAUAAUAUCCUUCUCCAGAACAGGUGCCCAAAAUUGCAUAGCAUAUUCAAGAUGUGGUCUUACCAGUGAUUUAUAAAGAGGCAAAAUUAUAUUCUCAUCCCGAGAAUGAAAGCCCUUUUUGAUGCAUGACAAUACCUUACUGGCCUUAGCCACUUACUGAUUGACAUUGCAAAUUGUUGCAUAGUUUGUCUAUAACAAUUCAAUUCCCAAAUCCUUCUUGUGUGUUGUUAUCCCUAAUUUGCUUCUUAUAUUAGAGUAAAAUCAAAUACUCAGAAUAACGAAAUUGUCAUAUUUGUGAUUAAGACCCUUAAGAUAUAAAGUAUCAAAUUCGCGUAUCCAAAAUCCCUCAUGUAAAAGCAACGUCUUGAUCCUGUCUCCUCUCCUAAUGCUCUUGAUCACAAGUUCUAUCAUUUGAAAUUUUAAUUGAGACACACUGUGACGAGCUUCUGCAAAGUGAGCUAUUAAGGGUAACUUUACCAAUCCAGUUCUAAUUGUUGAAAAUCUUUCCUUCAUUUUUUGGCUUGAUUGCCUCACAUACAACAAGCCACAGGGACAUUUAAGAUGACAUGAGUUGUGUUAACUGACUGAUAAAAUAUUUUUUACCACUAUGCAGGUGAUAAAAAACAGGUCCCUGGAUCAUCGUUUGCACAAUGAUGUCAUGCGCAUUGCAUAUAUGUACAGUGGCGUUAUUUGUGUAUCGAUGUCAGGUGUGAAUGCACCGAGGACGUGCCCAGGACAUCGUGCCUCUUUGAGGAUAGCAAAAGAACAUGAAAUAUGGGCGUUUUUUUAUUUUUUGAUUAUUGUGCAUUAUUAUAUUUAUUUUGUCCUAGCUGACAACCAUACUGCUUUUUGAACUUGCACACAUGGAACAAAUUAACAGACAGCACUAACAAACAAUCCUAAAGUACUAAACUGUUUAAUUAAUGUCCAAUCAAUUUCUUCCCUGAUUGCUUUAUUGUACACUUUUAUCUCACUGCCUAUAAAUUAUUUGCAAACAGUGGUUGUGAAUUAGCUUGACAAAGAAAUGUUGCGGUGUUCACCUUGUUCCAAUAAAUGUGCCUUUGAGCAUUGGAGUGGCUGGAUUUUUUUUCUUGGGACUUGGUUUGCUUAACUGACCUUUCUGAAGGGCAGGCUUAGACCUGCAUUGCUAUUCUGCAAAUUGCUAUAGCUCUAAGCCACUGUCAAGGCUGAAAGGUAGUGCAAAGUGCUCUUCUUGAUAUCAAUAUUCUUGUUGCAAACUUGGAAAUUGCUUCUCUUUUUUUUAUCGACAGCAGAAACAGAUUUAUAGAAAGUGGAACUUAAUGGCCUUGUGUCUUUUUCUCAACCUAUCACUGAUAUAUACCUGUGUUAAUAUUACAGUUAUGCAGACUUGUUUUAACUAUAUCAAAAUAUUGGUUAAGUCAGAAUAUACAUAGAAUUUUAUUCACUGAGUAGUAAAUUGUGGCCAUUGUACCUACUUCCUUGGAGUUUCACGUUUCAGAAGAGAUUAUCCAGAUUAACAUUACUGUCAACAGCUAAGACUUGAGUGAUUUCUUACAAUGUGCAAAACUUCAGGGUUAUUAAUGAGAGUUUUCAAAGUACACUAACAUGGCUUUGUGAAUGAGAGAUUUAAUGUGAGUGAAUGAUUGGAGAUAAGGAAACGUAUAGGUUUCCAAUGUUUUUUAUUAUUAUUAUUUUUUAAUUAAACAUCUGUUAAGUUUUUUCAUUUUGGUUUUUAUUUUCGUUGUAGACUUCAGAAGUCAUACAACAAUAAUGUGAUGGCAAUUGAUUGUCAGUAUGCUAAAGGUUGCUUUGUUGGAUGCAAAUUAAUGAGAUGACCCCUUUUAGGGUAAAGGUGGCUAUGAUAAAUACUACGGUGUUUUGAUAAUGUCACUGCUUACUAAUUGUUUUUUGUUUGUUUUUUUAAAUGCCCAGCUUAAAGGUUUUUGGUCUGGUCAUACUACUACAUAGAGCAAUAGUGUAUUGUGUCCAAGUCCCAUCAAUAUAGCAUGUUAUUGGAGAACAUGACUAGAGCAUCUGCAUCUUAGCCCGUUAAGGUCCAAUGACUAUCUGUUCUUUAAAGCUCUUAUUCUAAAAUAAAAUGUUCCACUCACUUAAAAAAGGCUAAAUGGAGCUGCCAACACUAAACAAGCAGAACAUUCCGUGCUGACAUGCUGAAAAUAUGAAUGACAGCAGAAUUGAACAUUUGAUCCUUAACGGGUUAAUUUUGGUAGGCUAUUUUGAAUUUGUGUUUUCGGUAGAGAGUUUAGCAGUGUUUGAAUUUACAAGAUGAAAGGCAAGGCACUCAGAAACAGUAAUACAGAACUAACGCAGUACCUAGGAAAACACAUUUUUAGCAUUGGUAAGCAAAUGCAAAAAAAAUUCUAUUCCAUUAGAAAAUACAGCUUUGUUUUUUUUAACUAAAACAAUGGCUAAGCAAGUUAUUUUCAUUUUUUUCAAGUGAUUUUUUAAAAUGGUGGUAAAGACUGGUAAUUCAUAGUCCUCUUUUGAUUUUAAACCAGGUGGUUCUCAAACUCCGGCCCCCUAGAUGUUGCUGAAAUACAAAUCCCAUGAUUCUUUCAAUUACAUAGAUAACCAGAGAAUCAUGGGAGUUGUAGUUCAGCAAAAUCUGGGGGGACGGAGUUUGAGGACCCCUGUUCUAAACGAAUGCAACACUGGCGAUUUGACAUAUAUUGUUCCCUAGUAGACUGGUGAAGUUUAGCAUGAGAUACUUGCACAUACUGUUUUCCUCAUACAUUCUGGCUAGUAUAUUAUGGUAACAAAUCCACAGCAUUUUUUUGUUUUGACAGUAUGUUUUGGCAUGGUCUUUGUUAACUCUGGUGUUUUCUUUUACUUUUCUCUUGUUGCCUUCUAACUGGAUGGAAUGUUUUCUUUACUGUCAUUAAUACAGCAUCAUGCUGAAGGUACAAUAACAGCCAGGAAAAACAGUUUGUGAAGUAAUAAAAAUCCCUGACAUUUUGAGUACAUCCUGUCCUAAGGUUGAAAGGUCUAAAAAAAAUUUUUUUGACUCAACCUGUGUCAAAUGAUUACUAGACAUUAUUUUUCAAAUCUAACAUACAUAAAAGAAGGUGGACAGUGCACUUAUGUCAAAAUAAACAGUGAAAUAAAUAUAUUAACACUGUAUCAGUGAGUGAUAAAUGGUGACCACUAUACCGUGUUAAUAUUUAUACCACUGUUUAUUUCCACAUAAGUGCCCCGUCCACCUUCUUUUAUGUAUAUAUGAUCUUUUGUUGCGGAGAGCUGAUAUUCCACAGGUUAUCUCUACUCAAGAUCCCAGGAACAAGUAUUAAAAAUCCAUAAGGCAAUAAUUCCAGCAGGCAAGACAAUCUAAUAAUAUGCCAACAUCAAUCCCAAUGACUGGACGACACACAGCAUCAGGAGCAGAACAGAACUUUUAAUCACACAACCUUCUUUUAAAGCUUUCUCCCAUGCAAUGGAGGGAUUUACAGUAAUACACCAAUCAUACACAAGUUGCCACCCACACAUCCCCUCCCCUUAGUAUGACACAUAAUCCCAUUAUGCAGGACACAGUUCCCCUUGUUUUCUUGAUGUACCCCUAAACAUAGGGGUACCCCUUUAAAUAUUACAGCCCUGAUCUGGGUGAGACACAUAUCCAAAAAUCACCCAGAUCGGACCAGGGGUUCGGGAAAGACCAACUGCGCUGGGGUUAACAGCCGAAAAGGGUUCCAUACAUUUUGGCCCUGCGGUCAGUCGCAGAAAAGGGAAUGAAACACACGAAUGGCUUGGGUUAUGAGAACUGGGGAGGAUUCGGGUAAAUCCCCUUGUUCGUGGGGUUCCUUCUACCGAAUGGGGAGGCGUUCGGUAGUUCUUACACGAAUUGGUGGCAGUAUGGAGGUCGCAGCGGUGUUUGCCUAACCGAGUGUCCGAUUUGGGUUCCAGACACUUGACGGCAAAACACCGCUGUUCGGGAGUUUAAGAUGGCCGCCGCCAUGUGUUCGUCUCCCGAAUGGCGGCCACCCAGAGGACAAAGUAUUGAAUUGCCAAUUACCUGUUUGCAACAUUUUUUGCGAACGGUAAUUGGAGGAACACUUAUUCCUGGGGUGGUCUGAUUGUUCGGUAGUUUCACUCGCAUAAUAACUGGAGUGAUUUUACCGAACAAUCAGACAAAUGCUGCAUACACUUGACAUACACAUGGCAAAAUAAAACUGAAAACAUAUGAAUAUACAUAAUUCUGAGGACAGCCCAAUACCAUCCGCUACAGUGGGACUUAGCAGCGCUUCAUUUUGUGUUUAUAGCUCCUAAAUAUAUUGCAAAUGUUUGGUUAUAUUUUUUUACUAUUAUAAGAAUACAUCUAUUAAAAUAAUUUGGGGUUAUUUUUACAUUUAGCUCAAUACUGAGCAAUAAAAUAACACAUAUUAAUAUUGUAUUCUCAUCUGCUGCAUAUUAGAUCUGUGUUGAAUAACUGAGAUUGUUUUAUAGGAAGAAAAAGAGAAUUAACCAACGUUCCAGGGCAUAAAGAUUGCAACCUUUUAUCAAAUUAUUGCUUGAUUUAUCCACAAUUAUUUUAUCUGUGUUGCAACUUUUCACGUAUGUUGAUACAAACUAAAUUUUAUUUCUUAUUCCUUUAGGUCACAUAAAAUCUCUGCAUGUUUUCCCUCUGACCUAUUUUCAAUUACUUCAGCCUUGUUUGGUAACCUGGUCUUGGUACAGCUUCAGUCCCUGCAUCUUGUGCAGUUAUGGCUCCUUCACUACAGACUGCAUUUCGGCGCCGAUGGUGGAUUGCAUGCACCGCAGUGUUAGAAAAUCUUUUCUUUUCUGCAGUCCUAUUUGGAUGGGGCUCUCUUCUCAUCAUGUUACAGCGGGAAGGAUUCUAUUCACACCUCUGUACAGGUAUGCCACAAUUUCAAUUUUUUCAGCUGUUCUUUUUUUAGCUGUUCAUGUUGAUGCUCAUUUCCAACAUGCACUCCUGGAGUCAUUAUUGAAAGCAAUUACGACUUAAUUGUUGGCCUGUGUUUAUAUUUAGACCCAUAAGUCCUUGGGCAGUGGCACAUUUUCAUAAUCUUUGCUCUGUAUGCCACCACAUAUGUUUAAACCUAUAAUUUUUGUACAUUCUUACUGCAUUGCAAUAAAUGUCCUGCUAUUCUAGCAGACUUGCAGCAUAUUUACAUAGUUACAUUGUAGUUUAGAUUAAAAAAACCCCCACCAAGUUCAACCUUGAAACCCAUUUUUAUGUAGUUCAUUUUAAAGAAGGCAAAAAACUUAAUUGUAGCCAUUUCCAAUUAUGCCACAAAAAAUUGCUGUAGAUCUCAUUAUGUGAUGAGAGCCAAUGUUUGCAACAAAAAUUUUAUUUAGUAAAGAAUUGACGCAUAUUUGUCCAAGGGCUGAUCUGGAACUCAAUCUCAUGAGGUGCGCAGCCAGAUUAUAUUAUGGCGGACAUUAUAGUGGAGCUCCGUAAUACUCAAACACACUACAUAUUACUGUGUAGCUCUGUACUACACUUAUAUGCACUGCAUUUUGCUGCAGAGUUCUCAAAAUCAGUCGUAGGCCUGGCGUACUACUGCACAGCUCUGUAAUACCCUCACAUGCACUAAAUAUUACUUGGAAUUAGAGUGUUGUAUGUUCUAUAGUAUGUAACUCUUUUUAAGCUGUUAAAUGCCUUUAAUGAAAUUGCCCUUCACAUAGCAAGGUGACUUGUGGUCUUGUUAAUUGCCUUAUACAUGGAUAUUCAAAUUCCUGAGUGCAUUAAAUGAUGAAAGAGUUUACCUAACGGAGGCUUAUCCAAAGUCUCAUAUUUAUGUAAUUAUUACAACCAAACAGAUCCUUGCUAUGAAUAUCUUUGUGCUGCAAAGUCACUGUAAUUAAAAUUAACCUUUGAAGUCCUGAAAUUUUUAAUUGAAAUGUGCUUGAUGUAUGUUAUAGUUAAUCAUCUAACAAAAUUAAAACAGACUGCUGUGUUGAAAGUGAAAACCUGUAAAAAUGUGACUAGUUAAUAAAAUGUUCUGCAUUAAAAUUAUAUAUUUCUUUUAAUUUUUGAACAUUUUUAUUUUAAACUUUAUUUUAAGCUGUUCCUUCUAACAGCCGUGGGAACAGCCCCUCUAGUACAGGUGGGGUUGAGAGGGUAAGGAAGUCUAGACAGGUUGUGGUGGUAAGGGACUCUAUUAUUAAGAGAGUAGAUAGGGUAAUCUGCCACUCUGAUCGACUCAACCGGACAGUUUGCUGUCUCCCAGGUGCUCGGGUCCGGCAAAUUGCCGAGAGAGUGGAGGGAUUAUUAGGAGGGGCUGGGGAUGACCCAGCUGUCAUGGUCCAUAUUGGUACCAAUGACAAAGUCAGAGGAAAAUGUAAAGUCCUAAAGAAUGAGUUCAGGGAACUAGGAAGUAAGCUAAAGAAAAGGACCUCCAAGGUAAUAUUUUCAGAAAUGUUACCUGUACAGCAGGGAAAUUAGAGAGGUCAAUGCGUGGUCAAUGCGUGGCUGAAGUCUUGGUGCAGGAAAGAGGGUUUUGGGUUUUUAGAGCACUGGGCCGAUUUUGCGCUUGGGUACAACCUGUAUAGUCGUGAUGGAUUGCACCUAAACGGAAGAGGGUCUGCUGUGUUGGAGGAGAUUUUAAACUAGUAGUAGGGGGGGAGGGUCAAAGCAAUCUAGAAAAUGGAGAUAGGAUAGAAAGGAGAAGGGCUUUAGCUCAGAACAAAGGGGGUGGAGAUGGGGGAAGGGAAAGCUCAGAACAGAGGAGGUAUAUAAUAUUGAUAAUUCACAUAAAGUACAAAUGACUCAUGAUAAUAUUAAAUGUAUGCUUACUAAUGCAAGGAGCCUAUAUAACAAAAUGGGGGAACUAGAGGCAAUAGCAUACACUAAACAAUAUGAUAUAAUAGGCAUAACAGAAACAUGGUGGGGUGAGACACAUGACUGGGCAGUUAACUUAAAUGGGUACACGUUAUUUAGGAAGGAUAGGAAAAACAAGAAGGGUGGUGGGGUAUGUUUAUAUGUCAACCAGGAGUUAAAGUCAAAUCUUAGGCAUGUGGAGUGUGACGAGGAAAAUGUGGAAGCUUUAUGGGUAGAUAUCUGCUUGGGGCAAACAAAGGGAAAUCAAUUUUGCUCCAAUUUAUGUUGAACUAAGCUCAGUAAGGUCCGUAAAUGUCGCUCUUCGGGUUCAUCCCCGUUGUGCCCACAUCUAUCACGCGUCCUUUAACCAUUAUCCAUAUAUCUAUGUCUCUGUGUGUUCUCACCUCCGUCCCCUAGUCUGUGGCUCUCUUGGCCCAGGUCUCCCACACCUCCCUCUUCCAGGUCUGAUGUUUGGACAUGGGAACUGUGUGCAUCUCGUAUCUCCCCACUUGUGAGACAUAUCUAAUCAGUUCCUGCAUGGUCGCUGUGGAUGUAGAAAGCCAGUUUCUAGCAAUGUGGGUCAAGGCAGCUAUUUGAAUGUGGUAUAUCAAAUAUUUGAAAAAGCAGAAAUUUUAAAUAACCAUUUUUCUUCAGUAUAUACUAAUGAGGAUCCUAUGGCAAGAGAUAUGCAAAUGAUUGCUGCAAAAAACUUGCAGAUAAUUUGUGAUUGGAUAACUCAAGACAAGGUGCUGCAGCUAUUAAAGAAAAUUAAUGUAAAUAAAGCUCUGGGGCCUGAUGGUAUUCACCCACGAGUACUUAAGUGAACCUCUGUAUUUAAUUUUUCAAGAUUCUUUUGUUUCAGGUAUUGUACCGGAGGAUUGGAGAAAGGCAGAUGUUGUUCCUAUAUUUAAAAAGGGUUCAAAAUCCUUGCCUGGAAAUUAUAGACCUGUGAGCUUAACUUCUGUGACUGGGAAAAUAUUUGAAUGGCUAUUAAGGGAUAAUAUUCAGGAAUUCAUUGGGAAGAACUUUGUUAUUAGCAAUAAUCAGCAUGGUUUUAUGAAACAUAGGUCAUGUCAAACUAACCUAAUUGCAUUGUACAAAGAAGUAAGUAGAAGUAUAGAUCGGGGUGUUCCAGUGGAUGUGAUCUACUUGGAUUUUGCCAAGGCAUUUGAUACGGUUCCUCACAAUAGGUUAGUCUUCAAACUAAAAGAAAUUGGUCUAGAUUAAUAUUCUUGUUGUUGGAUAGAACAUCGGCUUAAGGAUAGAGUACAACAAGUUGUCAUUAAUGGUAAAUUUUCAGGCUGGACAAAAGUGGUAAGUGGUGUCCCUCAGGGUUCUGUUUUGGGACCGCUUCGAUUUAACAUAUUUAUAAAUGAUCUUGAAAUAGGCAUUGAAAGCCAUGUAUCAGUGUUUGCAGAUGACACAAAACUUUGUAAAGUAAAACAUGUGAGCAGGAUAUUGCUUUGCUGCAGAGGGAUUUGGAUAGAUUGGGGGACUGGGCACUAAAAUGGCAGAUUAAAUUUAAUGUAGAGAAAUGCCAAGUUAUGCACUUCGGGAUUAAGAAUGCACAAGCAAUUUACACCCUAAAUGGUAGUGAAUUAGGGAUAACCACACACGAGAAGGAUUUGGGAAUUGUUAUAGACAACAAAUUAGGCAUCAAUAUGCAAUGUCAAUCUGCAGUUGCUAAGGCCAGUAAGGUUUUGUCAUGUGUAAAUAGGGGCAUAAAUUCUCAGGAUGAAAAUAUAAUUUUGCCUCUUUAUAAAUCACUGGUAAAACCACACCUUAAAUAUGCUGUGCAAUAUUGGGCACCUGUUCUAAAGAAAGAUAUCAUGGCACUAGAAAAAGUGCAGAGACGAGUUACAAAAUUGAUAAAAGGAAUGGAGCAUUUUAGUUACGAAGAAAGGUUAAAAAAUUUAAAUCUGUUUAGUUUGGAAAAACGGCACCUGAGAGGGGAUAUGAUAACAUUAGACAAAUAUAUUGGGGGCCAGUACAAACCUUUAUCUAGAAAUCUAUUCAUAAACAGGGCUAUACAGGGAGUGCAGAAUUAUUAGGCAAGUUGUAUUUUUGAGGAUUAAUUUUAUUAUUGAACAACAACCAUGUUCUCAAUGAACCCAAAAAACUCAUUAAUAUCAAAGCUGAAUAUUUUUGGAAGUAGUUUUUAGUUUGUUUUUAGUUAUAGCUAUGUUAGGGGGAUAUCUGUGUGCAGGUGACUAUUACUGUGCAUAAUUAUUAGGCAACUUAACAAAAAACAAAUAUAUACCCAUUUCAAUUAUUUAUUAUUACCAGUGAAACCAAUAUAACAUCUCAACAUUCACAAAUAUACAUUUCUGACAUUCAAAAACAAAACAAAAACAAAUCAGUGACCAAUAUAGCCACCUUUCUUUGCAAGGACACUCAAAAGCCUGCCAUCCAUGGAUUCUGUCAGUGUUUUGAUCUGUUCACCAUCAACAUUGCGUGCAGCAGCAACCACAGCCUCCCAGACACUGUUCAGAGAGGUGUACUGUUUUCCCUCCUUGUAAAUCUCACAUUUGAUGAUGGACCACAGGUUCUCAAUGGGGUUCAGAUCAGGUGAACAAGGAGGCCAUGUCAUUAGAUUUUCUUCUUUUAUACCCUUUCUUGCCAGCCACGCUGUGGAGUACUUGGACGCGUGUGAUGGAGCAUUGUCCUGCAUGAAAAUCAUGUUUUUCUUGAAGGAUGCAGACUUCUUCCUGUACCACUGCUUGAAGAAGGUGUCUUCCAGGAACUGGCAGUAGGACUGGGAGUUGAGCUUGACUCCAUCCUCAACCCGAAAAGGCCCCACAAGCUCAUCUUUGAUGAUACCAGCCCAAACCAGUACUCCACCUCCACCUUGCUGGCGUCUGAGUCGGACUGGAGCUCUCUGCCCUUUACCAAUCCAGCCACGGGCCCAUUCAUCUGGCCCAUCAAGACUCACUCUCAUUUCAUCAGUCCAUAAAACCUUAGAAAAAUCAGUCUUGAGAUAUUUCUUGGCCCAGUCUUGACGUUUCAGCUUGUGUGUCUUGUUCAGUGGUGGUCGUCUUUCAGCCUUUCUUACCUUGGCCAUGUCUCUGAGUAUUGCACACCUUGUGCUUUUGGGCACUCAGUGAUGUUGCAGCUCUGAAAUAUGGCCAAACUGGUGGCAAGUGGCAUCGUGGCAGCUGCACGCUUGACUUUUCUCAGUUCAUGGGCAGUUAUUUUGCGCCUUGGUUUUUCCACACGCUUCUUGCGACCCUGUUGACUAUUUUGGAUGAAACGCUUGAUUGUUCGAUGAUCACGCUUCAGAAGCUUUGCAAUUUUAAGAGUGCUGCAUCCCUCUGCAAGAUAUCUCACUAUUUUUGACUUUUCUGAGCCUGUCAAGUCCUUCUUUUGACCCAUUUUGCCAAAGGAAAGGAAGUUGCCUAAUAAUUAUGCACACCUGAUUGUCAAGGAUCUUACCUGGAGUGGGAGUCCGGCACGCAGAGUUGAGGCACCCUUUGCAAUUCGACACAGACCGAGGGGACUCAGGACAGAAAUCCCCAAAGCUGUGACACAGUGCACUGGGGCUGAAAUAACCAGUGCUUCCUGGAACGCAGUACAGACAAGGAUAUCCAGAAGAGUAGUCAGUAUCAGAAUCAGAAGUCAGGACGGGCGGCAAUCAGGCGAAAACAGUAGACGAGCAGGAGAUCAAAAGCAGGAGUCAGAUGAACAGCAGUGAAACCAAACAGGAACAGGAAACACGAUCUGACAACGAGAACCAGCCUUGCGGGGUUUAAAUAGGGAGUCUCAGCCAAUCAUCAAGGAACCAGGAACAGGUGUGCACAUUCCAGGCAUACAGGCUCAGACUACAGGAUACCAAGAACAACCAGAAACAGUCAAAGAUGCGUGGAGCUCAAUGCAAGGAUACCGACUGGGAUGCAGGAAACUCAGGUUUGAUCCCAGCCAGACCCAAAUACACAAUAUUGUGUAAAGCACAAUGGCGAUCCUGACAUUACCCCCCCCUUCAAAGACGCCGUAGGCGAGAAGAGGAACGCAACUUACGACCCAGGAGGUUACUUUUUGGAUUUCUUGGCUUUGGUGGUACUAGUAGGAGCAGAGGUCAUAGCUUGUAGGGCCUUUUCAAAUACUUGCAAGUCCUCCUUCCGGACUAGAGUCCCAUUAGAAGCAUAGGUACAGCCAGAAAGAGGGUCUUCCUUGACAGGACUUGUAGUGGUUGUGGUGCUUGCCUUCUUAGAAGCAGAAUCUUUAGUAGAAAUAGAGAUCUCAGGUUCUUUAGUAACAGAUUCCUGCACAACCUCAGGAGCAACGACUGUAGAAGGCUGAGGAUUGGACAGAGUUGCCAAGCAAGGACAGGCAGCAUGUUGGCAGACAGGUCUCAUAGGAUAUGCCAGAGUAGUACCCAGACGGAGAACCCGAGACCUAGAUGGACGAAUGGGACAAAAAGAUAUUAAAUGUCCCAUCUCCCCACAAUAAUAACACAGUCCAUGCGCCAUCCUUCUCGCCCUUUCUUGAGAUGACUGACGGAACCUAACCAGUCCAAUCUCCAUGGGUUCCUCUGCCUCCCUGCCAGAUUUAUACGAUGUUUCGGGAGACUUGGGAGCGGUAGGGUUAGCUGUAACAUCAGUCCGAGUGAAAGGAGUAGUGUAGUCCAUUUCCAGUCCGGGUUGCAAUAUGUGUGAAGCAACAGUAGAUGAUCUAUGUACAUAUGACUUUUGUGUCUUGUUGCAUUGUAAACCCAGGGACCGAAUAAAGGACUCCCAGGAAUCCAGGACUGGGCUUUUGGCGAGUAACAACUGGUGGGCCCAGAUCUUAAGGUGCCCCGACAAUAAGGUAAUCGCUGUCCUCACUUUAAUGACGUCUGUGGCAUAGGUAAGUGGUCUCAGGGAGAACAGGACCUCGCAAUCAACUUUGAAGGUAUCAUACUUAGACCGGAUCCCAGAAAAUUUCUCGGGUAGAGCAACCAGCGGUUCAGAGAGUCCAGAGUCAUAGGUUACUCUCCCUUUAAGGGAAGCCAGCUCCUGCUGUAAGCCCUGCAAAGCCUGGGUGAGCUGGGAAACUUGCUGGGUCAAGGCUGCAACGGUAAUCUUCGACUCUGCAGACUCCAUUUGGUCAGAUCGUACUGUCAAGGAUCUUACCUGGAGUGGGAGUCCGGCACGCAGAGUUGAGGCACCCUUUGCAAUUCGACACAGACCGAGGGGACUCAGGACAGAAAUCCCCAAAGCUGUGACACAGUGCACUGGGGCUGAAAUAACCAGUGCUUCCUGGAACGCAGUACAGACAAAGGAUAUCCAGAAGAGUAGUCAGUAUCAGAAUCAGAAGUCAGGACGGGCGGCAAUCAGGCGAAAACAGUAGACGAGCAGGGGAUCAAAAGCAGGAGUCAGAUGAACAGCAGUGAAACCAAACAGGAAAAGGAAACACGAUCUGACAACGAGAACCAGCCUUGCGGGGUUUAAAUAGGGAGUCUCAGCCAAUCAUCAAGGAACCAGGAACAGGUGUGCACAUUCCAGGCGUACAGGCUCAGACUACAGGAUACCAAGAACAACCAGAAACAGUCAAAGAUGCGUGGAGCUCAAUGCAAGGAUACCGACUGGGAUGCAGGAAACUCAGGUUUGAUCCCAGCCAGACCCAAAUACACAAUAUUGUGUAAAGCACAAUGGUGAUCCUGACACUGAUAUAGGGUGUUGAUGUCAUUAGACCACACCCCUUCUCAUUACAGAGAUGCACAUCACCUAAUAUGCUUAAUUGGUAGUAGGCUUUCGAGCCUAUACAGCUUGGAGUAGGACAACAUGCAUAAAGAGGAUGAUGUGGUCAAAAUACUCAUUUGCCUAAUAAUUCUGCACUCCCUGUACAUAGGACACGAGGUUACACAUUUAGGCUGGAAGAAAGGAGAUUUCAUCUAAGGCAAAGAAAAGGUUUUUUUACAGUAAGAGCAAUAAGGAUAUGGAAUUCUCUGCCUGAAGAGGUGGUUUUGUCUGAGUCUAUACAGAUGUUUAAACUGUAAUUGGAUAAAUACUUGCAAAAACAUAACAUACAGUGAUAUAAUUUCUAAUUAGUGGGGUAAUAGCUGCUUGAUCCAAAGAGACAUCUGACUGCUAUUUUGGUGUCAAGAAGGAAUUUUUUCCUAGUUUGUUGCAAAAUUGGAGCGCUUCACACUAGGUUUUUUUUGCCUUCUUUUGGAUCAACAGCAAAAACAUAUGUGAGGAAGGCUGAACUUGAUGGACGCAAGUCUCUUUUCAGCUAUGUAACUAUGUAACUGUGUAACUUCAUAAUGCAUGCCUUGAAUCAGCCAAGGCAUAUCAUGCAAAUUUAUUUAAACUCACUCCCUAGAGAUACAUGCUCAUUUACACAUAGGGUACUAGGAAUACAAUGCCCAAACACAUACUCUUAGGUGACAUUUUUCUUUAGAUGCUUAAUAUGCCUAGAGUUUGAUGGGGCAAUUAAAUAACCAUGGACAUGGAAGUGCUGCAAAGUUAACUGAGUUAUAUAGUUAUCCUUGCCGGACUACUCACUCACCCUAAAUGUUUAAUUAAGGUGCAAAAACAUUGUGCUCUUUAUUUUAAUAGACAUACUCCCAAACAACAUUAUUGACACCAUAAUCAAAAAGUAAUAAACAAAGUAACUCGAUAUCCAGUGUUUUCCUUCAAUAGCUUCAGUAAGUGCUCCCGACUGAGAGCAUCAUCUAAUUUCUCUCAGCCAAUGGGCUAAGUCUUGCACCCCUGUGAAUGUCACGGGCACCAUCUCUUCCAGGUUGGCAUGUGAAUUGCUUCAGUGGGUUAAAAAAAGAAAAAAAUUCACGAUUUGUCUGCACUGACCCAAAUCAUGGUAACAAAUUCCUCUUAACACCACUCACACCUAUUCUACAAUAAAAGCUGUCACCACCAAGACAAAUUAUAAAUGAUGAUAUUUAGUCACCGCAACCAAAUUAGAUUAAAAAUUAAGAAAACACAGUUUAGCAAAAAAUAUCGCUGAAACCACAGUACUAUUUUAUGUCUCUUCUAUAAGAUGAUUCUUAAAACAGAUAAGGAUAAAGGACUAUUUAUUAUGAAUAAAAUAAAACUUACAGUGCGUACAAAUACAAAAUAUAUUACACAUUCACAAUUCACACUAACAAAUAGAUAAAAAUGAAAAAGUGAAAAUUAACAGAAAACCCUAAUACUUACGGUACCAGCAAAAUACCAGUAAUUAUUUCACAAGAGAGAGCUUGGAAGAAAAAUGGAAGCCACUGCAAAUUUCAGUUGACUCUUAAAAUGGAUUACCUCAUGAGCUUAUCUAGUAAAGACAUAAAGGAUAUUGGGGGCAGACCCAGAGCAUGCAAUUCUUAGCAAUGGUGCUGCCGUAGAGACCAAAAUGUAUGCAAAAUGCAGAGUAAGGAAGCACACACAUACAAAUACAGGUUUACAUUUUAUAAGGCUAUGUAAAAUCACCUAUCUCAGUAAAUAAAUAUUUUGUUCCACCCAAUGGCCGUAUUGUGAUAAUACCACAGUACCGCAAUAUUGAUGGGUCUUACACUAAUUCCAAUGUGGGAGUCAAAUUAAAUAGUGCAGGAACUAAAUAAACUAAAUCAGUCUGUUGUAAGAGCGCUGUUCCUUAAUAUGUCUCAUGAAAUUAUCCAUCCAUAAUAGAGCCAUGUAUCCACUACAUACAUCACAUUGAUUAUCAAUGAAUUAUGCCUACUGUGCAUGACAGGAUUUAACUCAAACAGAGUUCGGACCCCAGGUAAGAAGCCAGUCCUUUAGAAAAUGGUUUCACUAGUUACAUGGAGGGGGUGCCGGGACAUUAUUGACACCAUAACCAGAACAAUGUAUUUUCAUUUUCUAUUUUUUGUUUAAUUACUGAUUGAUUAUGAUAGUUAUAGCUUUUUCUUUACAAUGUAACAUUUUAGUUAGUUUCAUUGAUACAGAAAUGUUUGCAGAGCAUAAAUCAUCCCCCUCCUACCUGGUUUAGUAGAGUUGUAACAUCAUCAUCUCUCUCUCGUUUUUAGAAACAAACUCAUCAAGUGAUGAACCAUUAUUUAACAGCACAGAGGCUGCAAACUCCUCCUCACCGCAACCUUGGUUAACAUGUACUGCCCAAGAAGAAAUGCUGAAUUUAGGUUUCACAAUUGGCUCAUUUUUGUUGAGUGCAACAACCCUUCCUUUGGGAAUACUCAUGGAUCGGUAUGGACCUCGUCCGCUGAGAUUAGUUGGAAGGUGAAGUAUGACCAUGAAUCUGCUUAGAAAGUUCUGCCAUUUGAAUUUAGUGAUCUAUAACAUGACUCCAAACAAUUUAAAUUGACAAAGUGGGUGAAUUGUUUUUUAAGAGGUUUUACUGGAGGUAUGAGAAAGGGAAACUAGUGAGCUUUUUUUUUUUUUUUGACUUUAUAAAGGUCAUUUAUGCAAAGUGAACAUGUUAAAAACAUAUACCAUACCAACGUUGUAGUGGUGUGUUCCCUGUAAAGAUGGCAUAGCAUUACUAGAAGACAUUUCCUAUGUGUAUAACACAAACAUUUGAUCUAGUUUCAUGUAUGUACAGGGAUACUCUUUCCUGACUACAUAAUUAUUUUUGUAUUACUUAAUACACACUUCUUUGUAAUACAGUAUAGGUUUCCUGGUCGCUACUUCAUGUAUUUUAGGAAGGAGACAUUGAAAGUCUAUUAUACCAGUGGAUGCCCCUUCUAACUGCCCCUUCCAUUUUUGGUGUAAUGUUUUCCUUUCUAAAUAGCACUUUCUGUCUGUAUGUCAUUUUAACCUCCUCGGUUAAUACUGUGUACAUUAUAUGCUUGGUAUGAGUGGAUGCUGAAGUGUACUAAAAAUUUUUUGUUGUUUGUUUUUUUGCAGCUUCUGCUUUGCAUUAUCUUGUGCUCUGAUUGCUCUUGCAGGCUAUGAUCAUUCAGGUACGUACAACAUGAAAAAGAUUUAGUUUUAUAGGACUUUUGUAUCCUUCAGAUCAGGGCUUAAACUUUGUAGUGCCAUGCUACUGACCAGGCCUUAAAAGUUACUCUCUAUUGCAAGUCAUAGUGUAUCCUCCAUGGGGAAUUUCUUCUCGAAAGGGAUACAUUUUCACUAGCCAAUGGCUAAUAUUCAUGGCCAAUUCUAUAUUCAGCUAUAAAACUACUGUGCUUCUCCUGAAAUAGAAGGUGGGUUCUCACAUGUAUGGGCAGUGAAAAUUGGUAGGAUAUGUAAGUACAUUUUCUUGGAAAAACCAAGCCCUCAGUUUAUAUACUAUGCUUUGUUUCCAUUUUAUCUGUAAUAUCUAAAAACUUUUAUAAGGUAUCCUAAUAUCUGCAGAGGGCUUUCAUUUACAAAGAGACAUUUUUUGAGCUGGGAGAUUAAUGUUGUUUAACGUUAAUUAGUCUUGCAAGGUCCCUGUGCUAAACCAUAAAAGGCUAAUUAUCAGUAAUGCUAAGAGACAAUGCCAAUAUCAUUAGAUCAUCUGGUAUGUUUUUUUUAAUGAGUUAUUUUUAUAUCACAAUUCAUUGUUUCACUGCUGUAGGUUGAGAAUGAGAAGUAGAUUUGUACCCGAAUUUGCAUACUCAAGUCAUACCUCCAUGAUGCAUACUCAAGUCAUACCUAACUUCUAGAGAGGGUGUGUGUGUUAGCCUUGUGGUUUCUGCUACCCCCCCAAAAAACAAACACUGAUUAAAGAGAAAUAUAGGCAACCAGAACCCUUCAGGUCAAGCAUGUCAAACUCAAAGUCUGGUACGGGCCACAUAAACAAGGUUUAAGUUUAUGUGGGCUGCAAAAAACCCCCCCAAACUUUAAUUUUCAUAGAAACCUAGGUUUAUUUUAAAAAGUACAGUAAAAAAACAAAACAGCACCUCCUCUACUAAAUCCCAGUCCCCCCCUUACCACCCUGUGCCAAAUCUGAUCCUCCCGCUGACACACACACACAUUUUCACUGACAGACACACACACACACAUACUCACUGACAGACACACACACUCACUGACAUACACACACACAUACUCACUGACAGACAGACACACACACUCACUGACAGACACACACUCACUGACAGACACACUGACACACACACACAGACAGACAAACACACAUACUCACUGACAGACACACACACACACAUACAAAUACUCACUGACAGACAGACAGACACACACAUACAGACACAGACACAAUGACAGACACAGACACAUACUCACUGACAGACACAGACACACUGACAGACACAGACACACUAACAGACACACACACAUACUCACUGACAGACACAUACUUGCUGACAGACACACACACACACACACACACACACACACAGAGACACUGACCACCAGACAGACAGACACACACACAUACUCACUGACAGACAGACACACUCACACACACUCACUGACAGACAGACAGACACACACAGACCCCCCCCACACACACACACACACUGACACAGACAGACUCACACACCCUGACAGACACACACUUACACAUUCUUUUGUUUAUUGCUGCCUACCUUUUGGAGCCGAUGUAGGGCAUCUCCCUGGGGUCCUUCUAUCUGCUCCUUACUGCUCACUUGCGCGGUUUAGUGAUACCUGGUGCCGUAAUAUGACGUCAUAUUUCACCGCCCGGCUUCACUAUAGACGGCGCAAGGAAGCAGUGAGGAGCAGGAACACCUCGCUGGCCCUCCUCUCCCCCGGCCAGGUAAGUGUUAGCAGAAUAGGCACCUGCAAUGUGGGGAAAGCAGGUGCUUACUCUGCUAUAACACCAGCAUGUACUCGUGCCAUACCAAUAAAGCUCUUUUUACCUAAUCAGGAACUAUAUUGAGACCACUAUCUGAUUUUUCUCAUAUGGACAUAGGAAUUAACCCUAUAGGGUUAGGACUACACAGACCGGGUGUGUUUCAUACCUUGCAAUUCUCUAGAUACAUAUUGCUAAAUACCUUUUCUUAUAAUUUUUGUUUUCUUUUUAGCUAUAUAUCCUCUAUAUAUAAUCUUUAACUGACCAGGCAGGGUAGGCAUAGUCGCCUUUGGUGUACUUGCAUACCUCUUUUAUUAUUUUUGCAACGUUGGCACUAGUGGGUUAAGCCCUGAGAGAGAUCCCUGGAAUCUCUCAUUGAUGCUCUGUUAGUUUGGACUACUGAGACAUUACCUAUGUAUGGUUUGUCACAAUUGAUCCACACUGAUUAUUUUCUCUACAUUAUACAAUGCUAGCCUAUGGGGGAAGUCCUAUUUUGAGCACAGUGCUCCCCCUACCCUCACUGACUGAAGGCGGCGAGGGAGGAGUUGAGGAAGAGCCUGAACCAUCACCGAGGGACAUCGGCGCUAAAAUCAGGUAUGUGACAGAAGGGAUGGGGCGCGAGGGAAGGGGACACUACAGGGAGAUAUAGUGUCAGGAAAACAACUUUGUUUCCCUGGCACUAUAGUUUCCCUUUAAAUAUAUAUUAACCAUUAUUGUGUGCUCACUGAUGCUCAUUUUCUAUAUAUGCUAUUUCUUUAAUUAUGUGAAUAUCAUGGCUUCUCACCUUUCAGAUUAUAUUGCACAUGUUAGUCUUUCUCUUAAUCAACAUCUAUUAAUUUGCAUAUUAUUAAUUCAGUCAAUAAACUUGGAAACUUCCACAAAUAUGGACAAUUUGAUCUCUAAAUCUGUAGUUCCCUUCUUCCACAGUUUUGGCACCAUUGAUAUUUCUUGCAUUGUCUCUGAAUGGGUUUGGAGGUAUCUGCCUGACUUUUACAUCUCUGACGGUAAGUACAUUUAUAUUCUUGCCAUUGAGAAAUAGUAAUCAGUGUUUUGUAAUUUAAUUUUCUAUUGCUUCAUGGAAUUGAUAAUUGAGGCUAAAACACAAAUUAAAAUCAAGGGUAAUUCCUUCUCUCUAUCUGUAUGCUAGGCUACAAGUGACAAUACAUGCGUAAUAUUGUGUUUUUGAGAAUGGCUAAUCCAAUAAUAUCACCUAAAACAAAAUUGUCAAUUAAUUUAAAUAAAAAAAAAAAAAAAUUACAUUUUUUAAAUCAACUUACGUUCCUUUAUGGGGGAGUGCAUAAUCUUAAAAACAUACCUCAUCCUAACCCCGACCACCCCCAAAAUAGAGAUAUCAUCUUGCGCAGUCUUCUACAAUCCCACAAAAUGAAGCAAAUCAUUGUGUGCAUCCCAGGACCUCAUUCAAUAAUAAGAGAGCUAAAUUGUCAGGGUUAUUUACUAACCGGAGAAUUGUUUGGAAUUCAAACGGAAUGUCAAAUUGAAGGCCAAGGUAGUCAAACUCUUUAAAAAGCUGACUAGAAUAAUUUUUCCAGUUCAGCUAUUUUAAACUUAAAUUUGAAAUUCACUUUGAAAUCCUGGCAAUUCCCACUUUAGUGAAUAGCUCUGUAUGACAACUCACUGAACAAAUGGGAUAUCUUAUUUGUUCUGUUUACUUUCCACAAUGUUUGAGUAAAGGUACAACUGAGUGGGUGGUUAGCCAUAGACACCCUAUACCCUAGGCAUUGGGAUUAGGUUGAAUUAAGUGGGGUUGUCGUUUCACAGCCCUAUUUCCUAAUCCUUUAAUAAUAAAUAUUUGUUCUUUGGUUUCUAAAUGUUCUAAGUAAAAAGAACUGCCUAGUCUUUUUUCAUGGUUGCCCUAAUCAUAGAGAGAGAAUAACGUCUGGUGCCCUAAUGCCUCCAAAUAGUUUUCCUACCUACUCUAGGCUGUCCUUACUGUAUGCAGUGUCUUGCGUAGCACUUAGUGUGCAUAGUAAUUCUUGGAUUUCUAAAGGGAAAUGCUUAUGCAUCUGGCACAAAUUUGCUUCAUGCUUUGCAAAAUGAACCAUUCAAAAUAAUAUUGAUUUUUAAAGUCAACUAUACAGCACAAAAACAAAUAAGACAGCACUGGAAUGAUAACCAAGUUAGCUUCAAAUAGCUUGGGAAUGGAUUUAUUUUGCAAAUUUCAGGUCACCAGAUAAAAAAACAAAAAACAAAAACAACUACGGAAUAUAGUUUGCUUCUAGUGAUUUCAGCAUUGACCAUGUUGAGUAUGCAUACUCCAGUAGCUACACUUCCUAAAACAGUGUCCAUGGUAUGUCUCUUAGUUUUUAUUUAAUGUCCGUGUCCCAUUGACCAUUUAUCAAGAUUCCAUUCCUGAAGUUUAACAAAGUCACUGCAGUACUGGUACAUAGAAGUAAUUUUCCAAUCUCAUAUAUGGAAUUGACAGAUAAAGCAUUUGUAUUGUACAUCUAAUACUGCAGGGCUUGGAUUAUCAAUGACUGCUUGAAUAGAAAAUCCAUGAGAGAAAAGAGAUUUUGUAUAAUUUGACACCACAUUAUUUGGUCUUUCUUCUAUGGCAAGGUUAAUAUUGAUUUGUCUUCUUGUGGACCUUAUGUAUGCGUUUCCAUAUCCAAUAAUCAGACAGAGUAAGUGAAUAUAUCCAAAAAAAGUUGUUUCCUGUGGUGCUAUCAGAAAGCAGAAACCAAUAUACAUGCUUUUAAAUAUCCAAAACAUUUCUUCCCUCAUGAAUCCAGAUAAAACCUUGUUCCUAACUGUCUCUGGAAUAGCAUAGUAUAUGCAUAUUGCUGUAAAGAUGCAGAGAUAUGUUUGUAGACGUUUUAUAAUAGGAAUGUUACAUUAAUAGGAAAUAAUCCAUGUUUAUGUACAUACAUUGUCUAUUAGCUCAUUGGAUGAUUGUAGUUGAGCAAACGGAAUUGCUAAAAAGUUAUCAAAGUUGUAUAGUCUUUUUUUGAUGUGAGAAAGUUUUGUAGAAGAAAAGAUGACUAUAAUCAAGAACAAAAUAAAUAUGAAACAACGAGGAAGCCAAACACAGCAUGAAUACUAUUAGAGUCUAAUUAUGGAAACAUUGUGUUGACAUGGAUAUAAUAAAUCCAUACCAGGUACCAACAAAAUCAUGUAAUGGGGCAACACCUGUGUCUGCUAAAAAUAUUGUUUUGUCUGUAAUAGGUAAGUUGCUAACACAAGGUUGUGUCUGUGUUGUGCGUGAAGGUGUGCUUAUAGCAGUUGAAUUAGUAUCUGAUGUAUCAUGUAGGCAAGAAAAUAGGGAUUCAGGAUGAUACAAUUACGGAUUUGGAUUUUGUAGUGUGAUCCUGUUCUCCUAUUCAAAUAUCACCAGUAGGCACAGUUUGUCUGUGUUGUCUGUGAUGUCUAUGUGCUUUAAUUCUUGUGGAUUUGUUGUAUUAGUAUAACAAGGAAUAAUUAGUUUGUAUUUGCUUUCUAAAUGUUUUACAUAUUCUUUAGUAUUAUGCAGCAACUGAUCGAUUUCUCUAGCAUAUUUAUUUAUUUAUUUUAUCUCUCAUGCUAUUUUAAAAAGGCAAAUGUUAGUAAGUCCCCUAUAGGAUAACAUUUUUUUUUUUUUUACAUUUGCCAGGGAUUUGUGGGUACACGGAGGCAAUCUCUUUGCUUUUAAACUUGCGUUCCAAAUCAGAAUCAAUAUAUAUGUCAUCUAGGUCUGAUGUUUCUGACUCUAGAUUGGCUGCUAUAAUAAAUCCAAUUGUAUUUGUAUUGUGUAUUUGAUGGUUUGAGGAACAGUCCUUCUUCCCCUUCUUCAAGCCUUCGAAUUUAAUGUGCGGUUCCCUUACAUGUGUUUGUAAUGUUUGUAGUGCAGUUUUUAUGUGUAAGCUCACCUAGUUUGUCCUGCAAGAAUGUGACUGUGUAAUAAAUUGUGUGCAAUAUUUUUAUUUUUAUUUUUUUUACAAUCAAACAUUAUGUUUGCUUGUUUGAAGGUUACUUCCCUUUAAUGCAAAAUAAUAGACUUCAACCUCUGUAGGAGUCUCCGGACCCCUGAAAUAUUGUGUUUCUUGUAAAAUUUACAUAGUUUCUUCUAACUUAGAUUUACUUUGUAACAUUUUGCGUUUAUCAGUCUUUAACAAAGAAUUCCAACUAUUUACUGCUUCUAAGAGCAACUGUAGCAAACAAGUUUUUACCCUUAUCAAAUUUUAAUAAUGAUUCUAUUGCUGCAUACAUUCCUUCUAAAAAAAAUCAAAAUAUUUCAAUAUAUCUUAAUUUCAAUACAUUUUGCUACAUAUAGAGCCCAUCUUCUUUUUUAAGCAACAGUCCAAUUUUUUCAGCUACUAAAAAUAAUCUAAAUUAUUUUAAUCUUCUCUAUACAAUUCACUCUUUUACAUGCUCCAUUUCUUUAUGCAUAUUAGAUCCUGAGCAUACUUUAUGAAUAUGCCGGAGUUGGGAGGUUAUGGAUAGUAAAAUAAUGUUUUUUUUCAGGUGAUGCAACACCUUUGUCUUGGGUUUAAAUCUUCAUAUAUCCUCGUAUAACAGGCAAUAGGGAAUAAUUGCUCCCUUUCUGUGAACUGGUAUCUUUUCAGUUCCUCAGGGUUACACUAGGAACAUCCAAUCACAAUAUAACAGAAUAUAAGCCAGACAGAAAAUACUUACAGGAAAUUUUACAAUGGACCAAGGUGUCCAAUCAUUUGUGAUGACUUGAAACAAAAGUUACUAAUUCAGUUAUGUUGUGCAUUAAUUUAAUCCUAAUACAAUUCAUUCAACUAUGCUGUAAGUAGAUUUACAGAUUAAAGUGGCACUGUCAUGCCGAGCUUACCUUUCUCCUACGGUUUCCUCUUUUCGUACUCUCUCAGAAUCUGUGCUAGUUUUCUUUAACCCCUUGAGGACACAUGACAUGUGUGACAUGUCAUGAUUCCCUUUUAUUCCAGAAGUUUGGUCCUUAAGGGGUUAAAACACAAGACACAGUAGGGACUACGCUUGACUUUCUUUGACCAAACAAGGAGUUAAGUCAGCUCCAUUUCCUGUGUCAGGGAGAAUGGUGAGUAUUUUCCCUGACACAUGAAAUGGAGCUCCUUUGGUUUAAGAAAGUCAAGUGCAGGAAAAAUAUAUAAGUCCCUACUUUGUCUCAUGUUUUAAAGAAAACUAGAUCAGAAAUAAAGAAAAGAAGAACAGAUUCUGAGAGAGGAAGAGAAGAGGAAACAAUAGGAGAAAGGUAAGUUCGGCGUGACAGUGCUGCUUUAAAUAACGCAUUCAUCUAUGUUGCAAAUAGACUGAAACAUAAAACGAUGAACACAACGAUGUUGUAAAUUGUAUCUUAAAACAAUCCAUUCUGCUAUGUUGUAAAUACACCAAAUCCUAAAACAAUGCAUCUAAUUAUGCUAUAAAUUAGAAACCUAAAACAGUUGUUAAUGAACUGAAGCACUUCUUGUUGACCCGGAGUUGUCUCUUGUACGAUAUCCACAUAUCCACAAAUUUAUAUUAUACAUUUUUAUUUUUAUUGCCUUUAGGACUGUAGCAUUAAUUUCUCUUACUCACUGUAUUCUUAAAAAAAAUAAAAAAAUGUUUGUUUAUUUACAGGGAACUAUGCCCACGUUAAGUUGAUUUCCUGUCAGAUUGCUGUUUUAAUCAGGAAUGCAUACAGGGGCAUACAGUUCAGGGUUAUAUUGAAUGAAACAGUCCAAAGUCUAACUAGAGAUAUGCAGCUGAUGCACAAGAAUAAUUGCACUGUGGGGAGUUGUAUUGUGUUUGGCCCCCAAUAUUUGUGGCAUCUAGCUAUAUGCUCUAAGAGAGAUUUCAGCUUCCAUAGCAGAACCACGCUGAUGAUACCGACGAGGUUGAAACUGCAGUAGAUGACUAAUUUCUGGUCAUAGGUACUUUUGGAUCCGAUCCCAUGCUAUGGUUUAAAAAAAGCUGUGUUUAAAACAGCAUCCAUUGCUAAGGCUAUCUGCAGAAUUCUAGAAUUAAGUCUGAACAAUGCCUCGCUGUGCUCAUUUACAUAUAAAGCAGGAAACUCUUAUAUGGCGGUGAAAGGUGGUGAUGUCUCAAGUUUCUGUCCCUCAAGAAGAACUUUCCAAAGUCCAACUUGAGAUAUGCAGGUCAUGGACAACAAUACUUUUAGGAAUGAAAUGCACAGAUUAGUGUUCAGACCAAAUUUUACUUUAAGAAAUGUCAAAUAUAAUUUUUUUAUAAGCAUUUCUCAUUGAAAUAGUGAGGUGAUAACCAUAUAAUUAUGCCCAUAACGAAAUUAGGGCAAAAUAAAUCUUUGCUCUAUAAUAUUCAGCACAUUCAAUGUUUACUGCUGAAUUUACUUGUUAUGUUCUGAGUAAAUUAAUAACUCGUAUCUUCAUUUAACUAUGCUAGGGUUAACAUUAUCGUCCAUAAAAGCAUGACAUGUUUUUGUCUACUCUAAUCCACCCCCUUUAAUUGUGUUUCUCUUUGUCAACCCCAUGUUAUUUCCUAUCCCCCCUGCAUGUUUCUCAUCAUUUUACUGUGUUUCUCUUAUCUCAAUUACAUGUUUCCGCUGCCUCGCCCCCACAUUUCCCCCCCAUCACCCUGCUUUUUGUCUCUUUGUCCUCCCACAAACAUCAUUGCAACCUUGACAAUGAAGCUAUUCCUCUGUUUCUAAAUACAACUGAAAACCUAAACAUUAGAUUAGUUAACGUAUUUAAAAACCAUCAAUUAAUCAUUCUGUGUUCAUGAUAAUGGUCAAGAUAACAAGUUUUAGCUUCUUAGUUUUUCUGUUGAUGGCAAUAACUUCUUAUACACAUACACAUUGUUUUCAAUUAUUCAGGUAAGAAACAGAGGUAUAUGGUAAUAAUAUUUAAGUUAUUUACAGUUAUCAUUCAUCAUAUCUUACUGCCAAUGUAUAUGCUUAACUACUUAAAGACCACAUUCGCAACCCCUUAAGGAUUACAAUUUGAUUCCUAAAGACCCUAUACCAGUAUAAUAUGUUCUGCAAAUUUUAUAUUGUUAGUGUGGAGUCUAAGGGUUGAACUGUACUCAUGAUAUUCAGGCAGACAAAUUUGUCAAAAGAGGCUAUUGAGUCAUUCAUUCAUAUGAGUCAUAUAUUCAGAAUCUCUCUUUAAAGUGAGAAUGUCUUCAUUGACAGAGAGGGUGGGGACCCUUGGGAGUUCCCUCUUUUAGGCAUGUAUACUUUAACUGCUCGAAAUACAUGUGUUUAUUUAACUGCCUGCACUAAGAAUUCCUUCAGGUAUAAAUUCAAAUUGGCAAGCUUAAUUUGGAAUGGAGGUGGUAGAUCUGUUUAUGAUCAUUUUUUUAUUAUUUUUAUUUUUUAUUACUGAAUAUAUUAGUGACAAGGCAAACCCACCAAGAAUGUAAAUGAGAACCUUCUUGUCUGCUUUGUUUCUAACACAGAUUUCAAUUUCAUUUAUUUGGAUAAACUUUUCAUAUGAUCACAAUCUGUUAGACAAACUUUUCAAAUGAUCCAGGACCAUAAGAAACACUACCCCUCUAUGAACACACUAACAGGAUACAAAGUAAACACUAGCAAAAAGGGGAGAUGUAAUCGUACCCCACGCCUGUAACAGCCCCACCACAGGACAGGCACAAACCGACAACCAAAAAAAAAUAAAAAAUACCUGUGACCCCCUUCCUCCUCUUACCCCCCUUGGGUACACCAACUUUGAGCCUCCGGACCUCCACCCACUACGAUAAGCACCGACCCACUCAAUGGCCCGCUCACACCAAUGCUACGAAAAACAAAAAAGCAAAAAGAGCCUAACCACCUUCCCCUUUCCUUUCUGUACCCCUCUCCUACCCUAGACCUCAGGUCCUAACAGACAGUACAGAAGCAGAAGAGAAUAUUAAGCAUAUUAAGCAUAUAAACUAAGCUUUAACUAAGGUGGAAAAGAUCGAACUCUUGCUUAAACUGUAAGAUCACCACAUAAGCAAAUGCAUGUAUACUGACUUAUGUAUGACCAUCUGUAUCCCCAGCUUUUUCUUCUGUACCCCUACCCCCCAAAAAAUACAAAAAUCUUUCAAAAUAAAGAAUUUAUUUAAAAAAAAAAAUCUAUGGAAAGUUUUGUACAGAUUGUGAUAAUUUGAAAAGUGUAUCUAAAACAAUUAAAUCAUGGCCACAGUUUAGAAUGCUGAGAGGGCAUACAGCCCAAGAAAAUUUUUACUGACCAAGUUUAGUAAAAAUGCAGUCAUAGCUAAUUAAUUGAAUGAGUUACAAUUGGUUACUUAAAAGCUAUAUGAUAUUCACUAUCACAGCUGAUUUCUCAGUAUAGCUCAGCUUAGUUAGUAGACCCAUUUCCUAGCAUACAUUCAGGUUUUACUCUACCUCAUAACAAAGUAGUUAAAUAACUCAUAAAAUAAACAUAAACUGAAUCACUAUGGCAGAGGAAAGGGUAUGCAAAACUAUUCAAACCCAUGCUUGCACAACCCUUUUGGCCCUGAAUAACCUAAUAAGAAAAUAGUUUUCCCAAUCUAUCUGGCCCUCUUUAUGAACCUCCGUUCCUCAUUUCCUAGCUACCAGUCCCCACACAUAUUAAACAGCCUAACUACUUCCAAUCUUCCAAUUAUGAAUACAAACCAUUGGAGAACUUAUAACAAGAACAAUGCCUGGGAGGUGUGUUUGGAACAUAGGAAAUAUAAUUGUCCAUGUCAUGGGGAUAAAAAAAUAAGUAAAAAAAAGAAACAAAUGUACCAAUAACAGAAUAUCUGAAGCCCCACCUUCCAAUUAUCAUGUGCCAAGUAAAGAUACAAAUCUGCUUAUAAAGAUACAUUAUUAUAUAAAACGUCUAGUAAUGGAAGCAGACCAUAAUAUAUAGUACAGUAAAGGUGACACUGUCACAUUAAGUAUAGUAAAUACUGUGGUCAAUAAUUAGGUAUAAGAUGAAUUACCAAACACCGUAAUAUAAGCAAUAAGUAAAGAAAGCUCAGAAGCCAAGUUAAACUUUCAGAUAUAUUUACCCUAUUCCUGACUCAGAUGAAGAUAGAGGUAACAAUCUUGAUGAGGUAGAUACUUUGGUCUACUGUUUGUGAAUCAAAGUUAUUUUGGUUGUGCAGAUUUGCUCGGUGAUAGAGGUAUACACAGAAGAAGAAUUUUAUAUUCUUUGAAUAGGCAUGGGCCUUGUUCAGGAUAGGGAAUCGCUUUCAAAGAUCCAUGGAAUUAUAGAAAGGUUGGCUAGUUUGACUAUUUCAGGAAAUUCCCAAAUCCUUAAACUAUUUUACCUGAAUCGAUCGACCAGGUUAGAUAACUUUGCUUUGAGUGAUUGCAACAAGGGGUCCAGUUCUACAAAUUAGUAUGGUAAUUUCUCAUGUUUGGCACCCUUUUCCAUCAAUUAUGUAACUCACAUGAAGCCUGUUUUACCAUCUAACCCCAUGUUCAGAUUUGCUGUUAAAUGCCUGAACAUGCAUCAUAGGGUGUUCUGUUAACCUAUACUGACAGGUGCCCUCACUCUACAGCUGUCCUGAUCACAUCUCUGCGGAAACUGACAGGUGGUGGUCAACAAAGUUGAUGGGUUUUUAGUGAUGUAUUCUGUUUUACUUUCAAGUUUGUCAGUUUAAUCCUCUAGACCUACACCAUUUGGCUGUGAUUUAUUAGAGGUUAGAUUAAAUGUCACACCUCAGAGUUUGAAACUUUAACACCUUUGUUUGCUCAAAGAUUUCAUUAGUGGCAGUAGGGUAAUUACUUGUGUCUUCUGAUUUGGAGAUGGAGGAGAGAAAAUGUCAUCCAUCUUCUAUGUCAUAAUGAAGCAUAUUGGUCUUGAUUGCACUGUAUUAAAGGAACAAUCCUAACCAUUUUAUAAAGCUCCUAAGUUACUCCCUAUUUAUAGAGCCAGGAGGGGGUCUUGUUUACUGAUUUCUGUCCUACUGAUGAGCCUCUUGAGGACGAGAAAAGAUGCUGCAACCCUCUUGUCUCUGUUGAUGCUGCUACCCUCUUGUCGCUGGAUUACAGGUAAGUUAACUCUUCAUUCUUACAGGAAAGGCUGAGGAAGUAGGGGUAAAGUCCACAAAACUCCAGAGUUAUAAAUAAAUGUAUUAAUUAAUAACACUGGAGUAUUUCUUUAAGUGAGUUCCUAUCUGUACAGUUAGUUGGCUUGAGGAUAAUUGCUUUGAUAGGCUAAAUUUAACAUCCUUCCUUGUGAAAAGAGCAAGAUCAGACUUGGCAUGAACAAAAAGUAAAGUUUGUCUCUGGUUUCUCAAGAUGCAGAGAAGCAAAUUGUAAUUGAAAAAGUCUCUGUGAUGACUAAAUAGGAUGAUUUCAGAGUUAAUUCGAUAAGGCAGAACAGCAAUUCUCUUGUCUUGUCAUUUAGUGUGUGCUCAAGUGAAUAUAACCUCCUUGAACCUCAACAAGUACAAUAAGCCAUUUAUAGUGCUUGAAGUGUAUCCUUUGAAAAGCCACGAUUUGUAUACAUGGAAACGUAUUUACAGUGCAAUUAAAAUUGUGAAGAAAAGGCUUGUGCUUUUGAGCAUUCAAGCUGGGUACAUAUAUAUGAAGCCUGAGAGGAGUGCAAUAAAAUAGAUUUUGUACAUCAUGUGCACAUUGUACUUUCUCGUGCUCACAAUUUAAUAGAUCAUUCCCACAAGAUAGUACAGUGUGCUCACAAGAUAAUAAGUUACCUUGUACGCACACUAUAACUAUUUCAUGUGCACAAAAUAAUUAAAUAAGUUGAGUGCACAAGACGGUUAAUAGAUUGUAGUAAUACAGCAAUAUGUGGUAAUCUAAUACUUUCUAAAUAUUCAAUUGUUUGCUUUUACAGGACUCAUGUAGUUCAUGUAUUGUGUAAAAGGCAACUUCCCAGGAUAUUUUCUAUUGAUCCCUAUUAGUGAUGUCCGGAACGGUUCGCCGAACGGUUCGCCGCGGACGGCGAACAUAAACAUAAACUUUGACCCUGUACCUCACAGUCAGCAGACACAUUCCCGCCAAUCAGCAGCAGACCCUCCCUCCCACCUCCUGGACAGCAUCCAUUUUACAUUCAUUGUGAAGCUGCAUUCUUAGUGAGCUGUCCAGGAGGUGGGAGGGUCUGGGAGGGAGGGUCUGCUGCUGAUUGGCUGGAAUGUGUCUGCUGACUGUGAGGUACAGGGUCAAAGUUUAUGUUUAUGGUCGCCGUCCGCGGCGAACCGUUCGGGACAUCACUAAUCCCUAUAUUUAACAAAUCUAUAAUUAUGAGGUGUAAAAAAAUAAAACUAAAUGUAUAAAUCCUAAACUCUUUAUCUUGCAACUUAGUGCUUCCACUUAUCUCCAUGUCAAUCAUUGUUAUUCUAUUAUUUGUUCCUGGCAGUCAGCAUAUAGUGAAAAGAAGAAAUUAAUCAAUGUUUUGAUUUGCUUGUGUGCUUGUUAAAUCGUAAAUAAAAAAGAAAAUGAAUCAUUAACACAAGUUGUAGGUGAUUUUCAAUUAUUUAUUCUUUUGUGUACAUUUGAUAGAAAUAAGAUGUCCACUUUAACAUUUUCUUGUAGGCUAUAUAGUUGCUUUUAUAUAAUUUAUCACACACAAUUUAUUUCUUGAUGUAGAAUUUUAUUGAAACAUAAAAGUAAUUCUAGUCAUAUGGCACAAGACACAUAGUUAGGAUAGUGGAGGGGAAAAAACUUUGGGUCACGAGUGUUCUAGGAAGAAUGUUUUACACUUUACUUUAUUUUUUCCAUGUGACCAUCAUAUGUUGAGAACAUGUCAUCUGUUUAUAAAACAGGAUAAAUGUCACCCAGCCCCACCCCCCAACACAAGGACCCUCAUAACACAAAUCCUUGUGACACACCUGUUCCCAUACACACAUUCCAUUACAACUGACUCUUUACGCCCUUGAUGCUAGUUGAGGCCAGCUUUUAGAAGGGCGUGCAGCUGUUCUAAGUAGUGAUUGGGCCAAAAGUUACCUGCCCUCCUUUAAGCAUGAGAUAGAAUCUAAUUAACACUUUCUGAGCUGCUGAUGUCUGUAAAAAACUUUUACUUGUUACACAUGAGAUAUAAACCAGCAAAUGCAAUAUGUAAUCAUGAGGUUUUUAACCAAACUUUAAUUCAUAAUAAUUAAUUUCUAACAUUAGCUUAGUAUAAAGCAAAAUUGUGCUAAGAUAACCUAAUACACUAACUCAGGGAUAGGCAACCUUUGGCACUCCAGAUGUUGUGGACUUCAUCUCCGAUAAUGCUCUUACACCAAUAAUGCUGGCAAAGCAUCAUGGGAGGUGUAGUCCAAAACAUCUGCAGUGCUGAGGUUUGCCUAUGCCUGCACUAACUUAUAGUCUCAACCUACAAACCACCUUGAACAUUAAAUAAAAAGUAAUUUUAACACAACUAACAACUUUUUUUUAAAGUUGUUUUAUUUUUUAAAUUUUUUUUUUUUUUGCCUAAUAUUUAAUGGUCAAAUUUAAGCAUUGAAGCAGUAAUUUAAGUCAUGGUGCAAUUGCUUUUUAAAUUUCAUGAUAAAUUAACAACGGUUUCUGUUAUAUUUAUUGCAUCAUUUCAUUUGAUCUGUUAUUUAAACUCCAUCAGCUCUCUCUGCAUCACGUGGAUUGCUGUUUUAUUUAAACUUUGUCACUCUGUUUGCUCAGCUUCUGAAUCACCCCCAUUUUUCUUUUUUUUUUUUUUAUACGAUUACUAAAGCAGGUUUUUCCAGUUUAACAACAGGUGCGGUCUGGCCUGUCUUCAAAAAAAUAAAUGAAAUAAAAACUUUUGUGUUUACUGCUCUCUUUUUCUUCCCCGAUUAUUGUUUUAUGUUUAUAUACGUGUAGCAAUUAAGGUGAAUAAAUAUUUGACAGUUAAAGAAACACUCCAAGCUGGAAAUGACACAACUGACAACUGUCUCUUAACGCCAUCAUGACAGCCCUUUUUUGAAUCCCUGUACUAUGUUUGUGUGUAUGGGAAUUGGGUAACAGCAGAAUUUUUUGCAAACUCUCUACUUUUAUAAAACCGAGACAGAAAAAGACAGAGACAUCAUUCUGCCCUGUAGAAGGAAAAGGAGCAUAAUUGUUAAAAAAAAAAUUUUUUUAAACCUAUAAAAAUGUGUAGUAUAUUAUAACAUAGAGAUUGCAUUGAGAUACUAAAUAUUUUAAUGAUAGUUAUUUAUUUUAAAGAAAUUAUAUGCCCAUCCCUGAAAAAAAACUUCAGCUCAUUAAAGUUGUUAAGGUAUGCGCUAUUUAUCUCAAUGGACAACAAUUGAUAGGUUGCUACCGGGCAAAAUCUCUUUUAUACUUAACAGUCUAAUAAUAAUAACUAGUAUUUUUAUAGCGCCUUUCUCCCAGUGGGACAUAGCGCAUGCUCUCGGAAUUAAUCAAAUCGGCAGCUGAAUAGUAAUGUUGUUAUUACCCAAUUGAUGGUACUCAUUUUAUCGACAUCUAUGCUUGCCUUACAUUUUAUAGGACUCUCCUCAGGCUCCACCCCCCCAAAAAAAUAUAUCACUGUUUAGUAGAUAUAUACCAAAUGAAAACAAGCAUGGAUUUAAUUAUGCAUUUCUUCAUUUGGGGUAUUGAUAAAAACAACUUGCAAAAGCUACAGUUCUCUUGUCUGCUGCCCUUGCUAGCCUUCUCUUUCUUUUCCAGAGAAUAUUUUCUCUCCUGACUGUGCAAACACUGACUUUUUAAUGCAACUCAAUGAGAAGUAUUUGCAAGACAGGUGCUCUGGACAAUGGUCUGCCUCUUGAAUUUAGCUUCAUUGAGCUAAACAACCAGGAAGAAACAGGGCCUGCUGUCUGAUUGACAGCUAGGAGGGUGUAACAAUCUUAAAGCACCACUAUAGUGCCAGGAAAACAAACUGGUUUUCCUGGCACUAUAGGGUCAUUAGGUCCCCCCACCCUCAGUGCCCCCCUCCUGCUGUGCUGAAGGGGUUAAAACCCCUUCAGUCACUUACCUUUUUCCAGCGCCAUGCUGCCAUGCUCCCUCUGUGCUGGGUAACUCUCCUCCCCCUGCCGACGUCAGAUCCGAAUGCGCAUGCGCAUUAAUCAUUGCUUUCCUAUGGCCGAGAACCGCGGAAGUGCCACUAGCGGUUUGCGCAAAGUUGUCCCAGAUAUUCUUGGCUUCAGUUCUUGGCUUCAGUGGUAGGAUUAGAUGUUAUGGAGGAGUUUGCAAUUUGUUCAUAGUCCCAGUUGAGAGUUACUUGUUCCCUUAAGGCUCUUUUGCUCGGGACUUUAAUUGUUUUCCAGGCUCUCGCGAGCAGCGUAUUCACUGCUAUCAAGAUUUGGAAAGUGAGUUUAGUCUGUGGUCUGGGUGUGCCUGCUGGCAGCAUGAACAAGAUACAUUGGUCUGGUGUGUGUCUUUGCUCUAUUUGCGUAAUGUUGGACACUUCUGUAGUGAUUAUUUUUGAAGGCUCGGGCAGGACCACCAGACAUGUAGCAUUGUUCCCACCCUCCCUCCCCUCCCACCUUCCGCAUCUCCAACAUUUGUAUGACACCUUGGGGUACAUGCGGGCAAGUUUUUCAGGUACGUAGUACCAUCGGUACAAAAUUUUCUUCAUUAACUCAUAGUGUGCCAUGUACGCUAGUAAUUUAUUUGGUAGAUUGAACAUGGCCUGCAGAUCCGUGAAAGGUAUAAUUUUGUUGCCAUGAAGCAACUGACACAAGCGUUUACAACCCUGCUUAAUCCAUGGUUUAUGGUCUAAUGUUGGUACCUGGGUGCUUACACUCUGUAUUAAUGUGGCUAGGGGUGUUGGUCCGUAAAGUAGCCAAUAUUCCUUUAUUAAAAGGAAUAAAAUAGUAUAAAAUUAUAUAAAAUUCAUCCACAACACGUUUCAACACACAGGGCUUUAUCAAGUGGAAGUAAACUAAUUGGGCUGCAUGCUCUACACUUUAAAGGCACUCUACAAAUACAUAAAGCACUUCAGAUUGGAAUACAAUUUAUGGUGGGGUGACUUGUAGAAUAAUUAAACUGCAUCCUCAACCUUUUAAAGCAACUCUACAAACACGUAAGGUGCUUUGCUUGCUGAAGAGCUUAAUGUGUAAAGAGUGUGUCCUUUUUGAAUUUUUUAUAAAAGUUGUGAUUUCGAUGGCAAAAUGUCAAGUGAUCAUUCAGAGUUGCUGUAUCUCUCGUGCAGAGGAAACAUUCCAGAACCUAUUAACUGGGCACUAAUUAUAAUUUAGUGGGGGGAGCUAAUUUCCUCACUCCAAGCCCCCACUCCAUGCAUCCAUCCAUCAUCCAUCAGCUCCAAAAAGGCCAAAUAAAAAUCAAUCCUCUUUAAAAAAUAUAAAAAAUGGCAGAUCAACAAUCACAGCACUCUAAAGACUUUUCCCACUUUUAAGCCGUAUGUUCCCCCUUUUCUUUUAUUAAUUAAUCCCCACCUGAUGGCCAUGCAUGGGGCAGGGGUGUGGGCAGUGAUCCAUACAACCUCAUUGCUUAUUUUAAAGUCCCCCACCUGAUGCCCAUGGGUAGUUGUACAGCAGUGGUGUAUUCUGGUUUUGGCUGCUCAGGCGACCCCAACCCCCCCCGACCCCGCACGUGACCCCCACCCAUCCCUUCCCCCCCACCCCGCCUUCUAAAUACACACACACACACACACACAUUCACUGACAGAUACGCAUACACUAGCUAACAGAAACACACACUCACUGACACACACAGACACACACUCACUCACUAGCAGACACACACUAGCAGACACACACACACUCACUGACACACACACUCACAGGCAAACAUACACGCAGUCAGACACACACACACACAAAACACACAGUCACUCAUUAGCAGACACACACACUCACUGAAACACACACUCACUAACAGACACACACACACUCACAGGCAAGCACACACUCACUAACAGACACUCACACAUAGACACACACUCACACACUAGCAGACACACACUAGCAGACACAUCCACACUCACUGACACACACACUCACAGGCAAACACACUCACACUAACAGUCAGACACACACACUCACUAACAGACACACUCACUAACAGACACACACACUAACAGACACACACACUAACAGACACACUCACACACACACUAACAGACAUACACACACACUCACUCACAUUAACACAUUUAUUUUUUUUAACCCCCAGCCUCCUUACCUUUGGGACCUGGGGGUCCAGUGGCUGCUGGGCGGGCGGGCGGCUGGCGAGGGAGCACUUCCCCUGAGCACUCUGCUCAGCUCCCUCGCGCCUCAGAGUGAGGCUGGGAGCCAGAAUAUGACGUCAUAUCCGGCUCCCAGCCUCACUCUGCGGUGUGCGAGGGAGCUGAGCAGACCGCUCAGAGGAAGAGCUCCUUCGCCAGCCGCCCGCCAAUGCCGCCAGCAUGUCAGUUAGCCGCAAGGCUAACAAGGCAUUUGCCCUGGGCAUUUGGGGGGUGGCUUUUUUUAAAACGUCCCUGGUGUACAGCAGCAUAUGAUUAUGAGCCAUUUGGUACAGGGCCAUUCGAACUUUAGUGAAUAACCUUCACUUUUGUUUCUGUCCAUACUGCCAUAGCCACAACUCCGCUGACUGUGGCUUACACAGCUUGCAUAAAAAAAAAAGGUUUCAUUUUCUCAUACUCUGUAAAUAGAACUUUAAUCACACACAUGAGGCUCCUGCAGGUUCUAGAAGGCUAUUAACAGAACAGGAGAUAAUACAUUCUAAAUUAAACUGACUGCGCAAUAAAUUAGGUUUAAGAAAGCUGUGCAAGUCACGUGCAGGGAGGUGUCACCAAGGCUGCACAAACAAAGUGAUUUAACUCCUAACUGACAGUGAGAAGUGAACAUAAUACUGCAUGGGCGUGAUCUAUACACCAAAACUGCUUCAUUAAAGGACCACUAUAGUGCCAGGAAAACAAACUUGUUUUUCUGGCACUAUAGUGCCCUGAGUGUGCCCCCACCCUCAGGGUCCCACUCCCGCCGAGCUGAAGGGGGAGGAAGGGGGCUAAACACUUAUCUUUCUCCAGCGCCGGGCUCCCUCGGCGCUGGGGACUCUCCUCCUCCUUCGGUCGUCAUCAGCUGAAUGUGCAUGCGUGGCAAGAGCCGCGCGCGCAUUCAGCCAGUCCAUAGGAAAGCAUUCUCAAUGCUUUCCUAUGGACCCUGUCGUCUUCUCACUGUGAAAAUCACAGUGAGAAGCGUGGAAGCCCUCUAGCAGCUGUCAAUGAUACUGCCACUAGAGGCUGGAUUAACCCUACAGUAAACAUAGCAGUUUCUCUGAAACAUAGCAGUUUACAGCAGGCCUGGCACUAAUGGACCUGGCACUGCUAUGUUUACAGCAGGCAGGGUUAACCCUAGAUGUUCCUGGCACCCAGACCACUUCAUUGAGCUGAAGUGGUCUGGGUGCCUAUAGUGGUCCUUUAACCCCUUAAGGACCAAACUUCUGGAAUAAAAGGGAAUCGUGACAUGGGUUAAGCUAAAUUUGUUUUGGUGCCUAUAGCAUACCUUUAAGCAUAAUCAAAUCCAAUACGGAAAUAAGCUGGUGAAAAGAGAAAACUUGUAAGAUAUUUACAAUUAUGGAUGGUUUUCAAACGAAUGCAAGGAAAAUGCUCUGGGAAGGAUACAUAGGCUAAUAGUGUGGGUUAUCUAGUUGGUAUGGUAUUGAUAAGAUGAUAAUGUGUAUACUACAUUUAGUGUAUGUAUGAGAAGAAUAAACAUUGUAAGGAAUGUAUAAUAAUAUUGAGAUGGAAGUGAGAGCUUCUUUGUGAAUAUAGGUAAGAUUCCUAGAGCAGGAUUGUGAUAUUUAAUAGGUAAGGCACAUACAAGAAAAUAAAUAAGUUUUUAAGCACAUGACAAUUAAUACUUUGCUUGUAGCCAUUACCCUAAUAAGAAAUGAUUUUUUUUAGCUCAACUGAACAAAAUUCCUGAAUUAUUAAUAUCUUAUAAACUCAGUCUGCCACACACCUGUUUGUUAAAAUGAUCUUACUAAAUGUCUCCUUCUGAUAUUUUUUCAGCUACCCAAUAUGUUUGGAAGUUUGCGUUCCACCAUGAUGUCCUUAAUGAUUGGAUCCUAUGCUUCCUCUGCAAUCACUUUUCCUGCACUGAAGGUACAUGUUCUUUCAUAUCAUUAAGUAGGCAUAACUCUAACUAUAAAACCUGUUUUUUUCUGUAAUGCAAAGUUAAAUAACCCAAUGGUUGUGUACACAGACAUGCAGUGAUGUUUUAAGGUACUUAAGUUUUAGGGAGAAUGCAACAGAAGAGUAAAAAAAAAAAAAAUGUUGAUGUUUACAAUAAUAAUGUAAAUUGUACUGCUAUUUUAAUUCAAAAUGUAUCAGGAAAUUGUACAUUAAAAGUGCGGAAAAAUAAAAUGGUGUGGCAGGUUUAAAUAAUCAAGAUUGAAAUAAAUAUGUUGGGCAAAAUACCCAUAAGGUAUAAGCAUUAUCAAAUGGUAAAAUCGGAGGUAUAUAUAUAUAUAUAUAUAUAUAUAUAUAUAUAUAUAUAUAUAUAGUGAUGUCGCGAACAUAAAUUUUCGGUUUGCGAACGGCGAACGCGAACUUCCGCAAAUGUUCGCGAACCGGGUGAAACGACAUAGACUUCAAUAGGCAGGAGAAUUUUAAAACCCACAGGGACUCUUUCUGGCCACAAUAGUGAUGGAAAAGUUGUUUCAAGGGGACUAACACCUGGACUGUGGCAUGCUGGAGGGCAAAACUCCCAUGGAAAAUUACAUAGUUGAUGCAGAGUCUGGUUUUAAUCCAUAAAGGGCAUAAAUCACCUAACAUUCCUAAAUUGUUUGGAAUAACGUGCUUUAAAACAUCAGGUAUGAUGUUGUAUCGAUCAGGUAGUGUAAGGGUUACGCCUGCUUCACAGUGACAGACCAAACUCCCCGUUUAACGCACCACAAACAACCGCAAACUCCCCAAAAGUCCAUUUGCACAACCGCAAACUCCCGAUUUGCACAAGGUUGGAUAUCAAGCUAACCAUGUCCCGUUCCUUGUCCUCACUGAUGACAUUGAAGGUCUCUUCCUCCACCCAGCCACGUACAACACCAAGGGUCCCCAAAAGGUGACAACAAGCCCCCUGGGACGCCUGCUGUGUUUGGUCUUCCACCUCCUCAAAGCCACCUUCCUCCUCUGACUCCUCUUCUUCAGACUCCUCUCUCUGUGUUGCCUCUGCGUUAUUAUAAGGUGUGUUAAGUAUUACUAUUCCUAUCAGUUUAAUCCCUGUUACGUCCCCUAUCAGGGGACGUGCAUAUGGCAUUGAUUUUAGGAACCGUGAGAUGGAAAAAGAUGCUUGGUCGGUCCUCCUACUUCAAAUUUGGGGCACUGCGCGUGCAAUCUAAUGUGCCACCAGAUAGGAGUGGUGUGUUAAGUAGUACUAUUCUUAUCAGUUUAAUCCCUGUUACAUCUCAUCAUGGAAGAAUAAAAAGGACAAAUUUGGGGCACUGCGCGUGCAAUCUAAUGUGCCAUCAGAUAGGAGUGGUGUGGUAAGUAGUACUAUUCUUAUCAGUUUAAUCCCAAUGUCACGACUACAGACUAAAACAUAUACAUAGGCAAGAAAAGGAAAAUAAAAGACAGAGCGUAAACCGGACCUUAGAAUGGCCAGACUAAUACGCUAGAGACAGAGAAUGGUCAAAGGGAAAGCCGAGGUCAAUGAAGCCAGAAAAUACACAAUACCGUUUAUACAAGCCAAGUCAGGGAAGCCAGAAUUCAGAAUAACCAGGGAAAAGCCAAGGUGCGUCAAGGUUCCGAGUGAAAGCUGUAGAAGAUUGGGUGUCCUGUGUUAGCCAGUCAACUAUGUCCUCAGAACUUUUCGAGUUCAGGGUACGUGGCCUCUGAACACUGGGCAUUAUUCUAGGGCCAAAGGGAAUCACAGCACCACGACCACGACGGCCCCUGCGGGGUGGCCUGCCUCUGCCUGUCAUUUUUUUUCGAUUAGUGGUACUAUGCGUGCAAGCUACUGUGACAACAGAUAUGAGUGGCACUGUGCAGUGGCAGAAGUUGGCAGAGUAGACGCUGUAGGCCUGACACACACACUUGCAGACAACUAACUGCUAUUCAAUCUAUUACAGUCAAAAUUGUAUUUUUUUUUUUUUUACAUGUACACUACUGUUACACCAGAUAUGAGUUGCACUGGUGUGACACUGUGCCCUGGCAGGCCCUGAAACGCACACCUGUGAAGGAAACUGACUGCUAUUAUAUUACAGUCCAAAAAGUUUUUUUUUUUCUAAAUGCAAGCUAUUGUGACACCAGUGAGUGAGUGGUGGCAUUGGGCAGGCCCUGAAACGCACACUCGUGAAGGAAACUGACUGCUAUUAUAUUACAGUCCAAAAAGUUUUGGGUUUUUUAAAUGCAAGCUAUUGUGACACCAGUGAGUGAGUGGUGGCACUGGGCAGGCCCUGAAACGCACACUCGUGAAGGAAACUGACUGCUAUUAUAUUACAGUCCAAAAAGUUUAGUUUUUUUUUAAAUACAAGCUAUUGGGACACCAGUGAGUGAGUGGUGGCACUGGGCAGGCCCUGAAACGCACACUAGUGAAGGAAACUGACUGCUAUUAUAUUACAGUCAAUUUUUUUUUGUUUUUUUUAAAUGCAAGCUAUUGGGACACCAGUGAGUGAGUGGUGGCCAUGGGCAAGUGGGCACAGUAUAUGCUGUGAGCCUGACACACAGGCUGGCAGGCAGGCAACUGCAAUUACAUUACACAGAAAAAAAAGCAAACUGAUGUUCUAUCCCUAAAAAGGGCUUUUUGGGGUGCUGUCCUUACAGCAGAGAUCAGAUGAGUCCUUCAGGACUGUAGUGGACACUGAAUACACUAGCCUAGCUAUCAAUUUCCCUAUCAACUCAGCACCAGCUACACUGUCCCUCCUCUCACUAAGAAUGCAGCUUCACAAUGCAUGUAAAAUGGAUGCUGUCCAGGAGGUGGGAGGGUCUGGGAAGGAGGGUCUGCUGUUGAUUGGCUGGAAUGUGUCUGCUGACUGUGAGGUACAGGGUCAAAGUUUAUUCAAUGAUGAUGAAUAGGGGGCGGACCGAACAGCGCAUAUGUUUAUAUAUAUAUAUAUAUAUUUUUUUAUUAUAUAAUUUUUAAGUUACCCACAUCACAGUGUAGCAGAAAGAUUGUAUGUAAAACUGCUAAGGGGCUUUCAUAUUAGGGAAUCUCAACAGAAUUGCCAUCAGUUUUCUAUGGUUAAAACAUACCAAGACUUCGAUAGCUAUAAAGACUGGUGGAUGCAUCCUUCCUAAAGCAGACAAAAACUACCAAACUAAUCAAAAAAAUGUUUUCCUGUGCUUCAUAUGUUUCAGCUGAUGUUGUAUAUCGUAAAAGGGAUGUAUUAUUUCCCAGGAUUUUUAAUAACACCAUCUAGAUCAGUGUUUCCCAGCCCAGUCCUCAAGACCCACCAACAGUCCAGGUUUUGUCAGUAUGUCCAUUGGAAUAAAAAAGGGAAUAUUUGCAGUGGAGGUGAUUAGUAUGCAGCUAUAUAUCCACAAAACAUAAAGACUAGGUCAGGAAAGGGUACAGGGAAGCAGCAUCUUCUGGAUGUCCUCAAACUAAUAUGGUGGCGAGUCAAUAUAAAAAAUAUGAAGACAGAAAAUAGUAUAUUCUAUAGGUGGUGAGGUCCCCCUCCUGUUUCUCUGAAACUGCUAUGUUUGCAUCUGAAGGGUUAAAACCUAAGAGACCUGGCACCCAGACCACUUCAUUGAGCUGAAGUGGCCUGUGUGACUAUAGUGUCCCUUUAAAGAAAUAAAAAUGAUAGUAGUAAAACAAGUUCUCUUCAUAGCAGAGUUUGAGAUAGUAGCAUAAAAGGAACAGUACUAUCUGUCACAUUUAUCCUUCUGUAUCCCUUCCUACUCGUGGUUUGAUGCCAGAAGCCAGACUGGGCACGCUCUUCCUCCUCCCUCCGCCCUGUCCUCAAUGUGCCCCCACUAAAUUGUGCUCACUGAGCAGUAAGACAUUUUCAAAGUUGUCAAUCUGUGUUGCAAUUGCUUUUCCAGAUGAAAAGAAAAUAUAAUUUAAACCCUUUACAUGCAAUGUCAGCUUUCGCAAUAUAUAUAUGACAAACCACAGCACCAGUAGAUAAACUGUAAAUCAGAUUUAUUUUACUCUCACCUUCUCUCUUGCUAGUGUGAGGAUGUGAAAUUCAUAACUUUCCCUGAUUAGCCAGUUAACAACGUUAGGACAUUUUAUUACAUCCUAGCUAUACUACACUUUAAUGCCUUUGGGGCAUAAUGACAUGUCCUGCAGAUUUGGAGUGAACAAUGUUAAAUAUCUGCUCACACCACAGAGCCCCAAGCUCCUUCUAUCUGCUGGGACCAUAUUUAGUGGAUCCAGACUUUCUAAUGAGCUGUUUGCAGCACCAAAGACUGCCAGGGCUGCAAAUAACUCUUUCAAAACUUUUCAAAAAUAACCAUUCAAAACUUUAGUGAGAGGAAGAGCAAGAGAGGGACACAGAGUGCGGAAGAGAUAUGAGGGAAUAGGAUCGAGGAAACAGGUGGUGGGGCGGGAGGACCGGAGCAGAGCGGAAACCUCUUCUGUUGUAGUAGGUGCGAAUGAGCAUAGAACAGUGGAGUGAGUGGGGUUGGGUGAUGUAUUGGAAGAUGUAUACGAAGGGGAGGGAGAGAGAUUAGAGAUCUCUUCCCUGAUUGUAGAAAUCUCAGUGAAGUGAGUUGCAAAGUUUGAGGCGGACAGGGUGGUAGGAGGAGGGGGGAGCAACAGGGCGAAUGAGAGCAUUAAAAGUGUGAAAUGAGCAUUUGGGUUGGUGGGACAGUGUGCUUAUCAGGGUGUUAAAGUAAUUUACUUUUGCAGAGGAAAGAGCCAGAGUGUAGGAGCACAGCAUAAAUUUAUAGUGGAUGAAGUCAGGUGCAGAGUGAGACUUUCACCAACAGCGUUCAGCAGUUCUGGAACAUAUUUGGAGAUAUCGGGUCAGCUUGGUGUGCCAGGGUUUUAAUUGGGAACGCCUGCUGCAUUUACAUGUAGGAGGUGCCAUGCUGUCUAGUUGAGAGGAGAGAGUGGAGUUGUAGAGUGAGGUUGCAGAGUUAGGGCAAGUGAGAUUUGAGUUGGGUAAAAGGAGAGUUUAGAGUUUGGUGGAGAAAUGCUGGAGAUCAAGGCUGUGGAGGUUUCUGCGAGAUUGGAGAGUUGAGGGUGGUGAGAUUUGGGUAUGGGAUAUGCAGAUGUCAAAGUUCAGCAGAUGGUGGUAAGAUAAAUGAAUUGCCAUACAUGCGCAUUAGGUCUUUCCCGUCGGCUGACGUCAGAAUUGAUAUUAGCACUGGAUUACUUUAGGAUUAGUUUUGGGGUUGGUGGUAGGGUUAGAAUUAUGUUAGAAUUAGUUUCCGAUUUAGGGGUAAGUGUAAGCUCCUGUUAGGGUUAGGAUCUUCAUGCAAAUUGGUUAUGGUAAUGGAUAGUGUAAGGUUAAUGGUUAGAUUUGGAUAGACAUAUGGUUAGCAUUAUUGUAAGCAUUGGUUAAGGGAUAUGGUUGGUAUAGUGUUAGUUUUUAAUUAAUUGCACUGAUGUGUUAAAAUUAUUAUAAACACAAAUGUGUAGAAACAAAAUCAAAGUUUUGUUUUAGUGCAGAAUGUGGAUAAUUGCCUCCAUCCUUAAGAGGUCAUAGAGAUGUAGACAGCAGGACUCAGUUGGCCUAAUGAUUACACAAAAUAAAAUACCUAGUGCUAAAUACAUAAACAACUUGAAUCCCAAUGUAAUGCUCACAGACUUAUAACAACCCUUACUUCUUUAUUCUACAAAUAGGUCUAUAAUAUUUGUUUUUCCUUAUUGGUUUAUAUAUAAAAUGCUUACUGAUUUAAAAAAACAAAAAAAAAACAUUUGUGUAUCAUGUACAGCCUGCAGUCUAUGUUAAUUAUCAGCCAAUUAUCAGCCAAGGUGUUUUCUCCAUCUAAAGUAUAUAUUACAUUUAUACUGCCGUCCCACUUAUGCUUGAAACUGUACCAUCAAUGUUACAUUAAACUUUAAACCUUUUGUUUGUUUCUGCAGUUGAUAUAUGAAGCAGGUGUCUCAUUCGUGGGAAUUAUGUUAGGCUGGUCUGCUUUAGCCUGUCUUAUUUUUCUCAACUGUCUUAUCAACUGGCCCAAGGAAUCCAUCCCAUCACCUGAAGAGACUGCCUAUAAGUGAGUAACCUAUUGCAGAAGAAUUGUUACUAUUUUUUAAUACUAUAACACAAGUACCCAUCUAAAUUGAAGCAUCUAAAAUAAGAGAAGAUAAUGCUGAAAUGACCUAAAAUGGGACCUCUGGUGGUAACUCUUAAAAUAGAUAAUAAACCAGAUUAUUAUAUAUAUAAUAUAUAUUAUUUUAAAGCUUUGGAAUAUUAUCUCAUCAAAUUAACAAUAUAUAGAUUUUUACAUGACUUAAAAUAAAAAAUAUAUAUUGUUUCUGAUUUACUUCACUGAUCCUUAGUGAUAUAAUUUAGUAUAGUUCAUGGUUGUUAAUUAAUCUUUCAAAACUCACAGCUAUAAGCUGUGUGAGCUGUAGCUUUACACCAAAAAAUGUCUGAACAUGAGCAAAAAUACCAAACUCCCAAACUUUAUAUAAAUGUAGUUGUUUCAAAAGUAUUCCCUGCUUCCAACAUAAACUUAUUUUAUCUGUAUCUCACAGGAAGAAGGUCACCGUGCAUACUACAGCUUUAGACCACAAAGUCACAGGAGACCAGGCUUACACCCAUGUCACCUCUGUUGGUCAAAGGUUAAGUCGGAUAGGACAAUCUGAACAAGAGCACUUAUCCAGUGAAGAUCUGACUAAGUCAGAGAAAAGCAACGGUGAGGACAAUAUUCCCCAAUGUGCAUUCAAGUGAUUAAGAACAUCUAUUACUUAUAUGAUCUGAACACCUGCAUUACCUGUUAGAUGUUCCCUUUACUAUUUUACUUAUGAAACAGGGUUUAAUAAUCUCUCUUCUUUAUUUCACAGCUCCUUCACCUACUUUCCUGCAAAGUGUACGCUCCCCUAUCUUUUUGUUCUCUCUGAUUACCAUGAUGAUGACCCAACUCCGCAUUAUUUUCUUCAUGGCAUCUAUGAAUAAGAUGCUUGAGUACUUGGUGAUAGAGCAUCAAGACAAUUGUAAGUGGGAUUUAUUUUGAGGAGAGACAUUUUGGUUUAUUUUGCUGCAAAAGCACAUUUGAUUGUUUUAACUUCCUAAAAAUUAGAACCUGCUCAUUUUUCUUUUUAAUUUGUGAGCGUUACUGAUAUAUUAAAUGCAUGAUCUGUGUAGUCAAUGCAAUGCAAUCUGCUCUAGUGGUUAAGAUGCCAGGAAUGCCCUGGCAACCCCCUCAUGUAAGUACUUCAAACAUUUAGUAAUGGUUUGACAUCUUACCUGGGGUCUGACAGGCACCAUUCAUGCCCUCUAUGCAUUGGCAUAUUCUAAGUGUGUCAAGUCAUUCAGGCACUACAUAAUUGAAGAACUGAUUAAGAAAUGUACUAAGUCUGCAGUCUGCUAGAUUUUGAGGAAAUGCAGACAUCUGCAAACUGUGCUCAGUAGUCCUAAUGAACAUUAAUAUUGUGGUUUUUUUUUCUACUUUCCAGCUGAUAAAGACAUAAGGGUAGAAAUAACUUCUACAGGUAAGAGAACUAUAUAAAUCAUUUAGUAUUUUAUUCUUGUAAUAUUACUCAAAAGCAUAAAGUUUCAAAUCUACAUUUCCAAUUAAUGCAUUUGAUUGUUUUUGGUUUUGAAUUAAAAGCUGCUCAUUAAGUGCUAUUAGGACUACGACUGUGUGCAUACUUUUGAUAAGGAAGUCUUUCUGGCAUGAGGGACGUGUCCAAGGAGGCAGGCUUAUGGUGCAGAAUUCUGAAAAACAUUUAUUUGGUCUUGUGUGGAGUUACUAUAAAGGUUUGAGCAUGGAAAAAAUACAAUAUAUAAACGGGGCCAAAAUCUAUCAAAGGCAUUAACUUUGGUGCUUUGAAUGUCCCUUUAAGUGCCAAAUUUAUGGGGAUAUAUGAUAAAUAUUUGUGACAGUUUUCCACAGCAUGUGUUUACUAUGAGGAAGAGGUACCAUAACCAUCUUACUCCAUCUGAACUAUUAUCACUCCAAGUCAGUCUGGAUUUGAAUGUGGGAUUUCCCUUCAUACAUCUUGCUCCUGGACUCAAAUCAGCUUUUUAUCCUGUCUUUUAGCUGUUAGAGUCCAGAUAUCUUUAUUCUCCAACCAACCACUAAUUAUUAUAUGUAGCCACAUCAUCUGGCAACCCAAGGAACAAAGUUACGCAAUAUGAACUAACUAGGAUUAACCUCACCUCAGCAUGAAAAGGUUAACACAGGUCAACAGUGGGAUUAAUAUUAAACACAACGGUUUUGGACCUGCAAUUAACAUACUCAGAUUUUCAUCCAGAAUAAAAAUUUUAAUAGAUUGUUUUAGAACUGUUUAGUUGGUGUGCCUAUAACUGUAAUCAUACGGACUUAUUUUCCCACAUAGCUAGUCAUGUAUGGAUUAACUCACCUAUAGAACUCUGUGGUGAUUUACCACUUGUGAAACUUUGUCAUGUCAUGUCCUGUUCUGUUUUAGUAUACUCUGCAUGACUCUAAAUGACCCAUAAAAAGUUAUUAUGUAUUGUGUGUGGUAUGGUUCACUGAGGGUUAAUUUUAUGUUUAUUCAUUGUAAUAUCCGAUUUGUUGAAGCAGAUAUAGCCCUUGUUCCUUGUACCUUCUACGGAUAUCCAGCUGUCUGCAUUCCCUUUCCUCCAUAACACUCAUACAAAAUCUAGAGCUCCCCUAGAGACUUGUUUGGCAAGCCUCCUAGAAGCUUCCAUUAGGCCAGUAAGCAUAUAAGCCAAGGACCUACGUCCAGAACAUACUGCUUUGCCUGAUAGGGCUUGGAACAAGAGGCAUACCCCCCUCCCAUACUGUCUAGGAUCAAAUCCAUCCAGAAUUAAAAAAAACAAAGCAACAAAAAAAGUCAAUAUUUAGUAACUGUUUUAGUUGUAAGAACUAAAUUGAGGCCUUUGUCACUUGCUAUGUUCGUGUGAACAAGUCCUCUCGAUCGCCAUCCACAAUAGCAACUUUCUGUCCCUAUCUCAAUCAAUACUCUAUAUUUCUAGGGGUCAGUAAAAUAACCUACUAAAAUUACCUCCAUGUUCCCUUCCCCUGUCAACUAUUUACACUUUAACAACAUACACUUUCACAUCUUCUUCCAUAACUGCAUCAGAAAAUGAUUCCCAUUUUUCAAACACAAUCCCCAAUGUUAGAGGAUCUCUCUCUACCUGUUUUUUUUUUAUACCUUCCCUCUCUCUCUAUCCUCCUUGAAAAACAUAUUUGAGAAUGAUUUUGGCCAUCAUAAAGCAACCCCAUGCUACCAGCUCCCUGCAAACCAGAUCUGAAAAUUUCUCUUGUCACCUUACUAUAUUCAUUUGAAUGUAUUUAUCCUCAGUUUUUAGUUAAUGACUGUAUUCUUGCUGCUAUACCAAAUCCUUUAAAAUGGAUUGUUCUUGUUCUGUCUAGUAAUUUCUGGUCUUGCUCCCUUCUCCUCUAAUUGCUUGCACUUUGUUCUGGCUGUCCUGUCUGUCCGUGAAACAGAACCAGGACCUAACAGGAACAGAAAAGUUGGUGCCUGGCUUGGGAUCCAAACAGUGUCUUGAGAUGCUGUUUGUUCCUUCUCAACACCAGGAGCCACAUCUUCAGUGCUUCUAGCCAGACUUUCAGCGGAAUUAUUAUGUACAAGUAGCAGCAGUUUUCUCCAUAUCCAGCUGACAUUAUACACAGCUUAGUGAAGUGAAAUAUAUACUGAUUUAUUGGAGGGAUCACAUAGUUUAUAUACAUGAUAAUAUUUACACAAUGAGAAGGGCACUGAAAAUGCAGUCUCAUCUCAGGUUCGUUUUCAGGCUGUGAGCUUAUUUGAACCAAUCUGAACACAUUCUCUUAAAAUAAUGGCAAAAAGACUUGAUGGAAAGUCAUUGAGACAGGAGGGUGGCGGGGGAUGUACACACAACUGAAUUUUUCAAACUAUAAACAUAACUACAAAACACUUUCCGUAUAGCACCUGGAGCAAUUACGAAUGCUAUGUUCAAAGUAGCCAUAUUUUGACAUUUGAUAACUGGGUAGAAAUAUAAACAUGUCCUGUCAAGGUAUUUCAUAAUGUGAUUGCUUUAUGAAUACUAAUACUGAUAAUGCUUUAUUUUGCAGUUGGACUAUACUCUUCAGUUUUUGGAGUGAUGCAGCUCCUGUGCCUUUUCACAUGCCCUUUCAUUGGCUUUGUAAUGGACUGGAAGAUGAAAGAAGGUGAUGAAAGGUGAGAGUGAAAAGUAAUCAAAGGAAUAGGGAAAUUCCAGGCAACAUGAGUUGGGUCUAGUAUAAGAAUCUCACAAUGUACUCCUAUAAACUUUAGUUUUUCAUACAAAUGUAAGGAGACAUAAUUACAGUGAGUCUAGCUGAUAUUAUUAGAUUAUUGGAUUUAAAAAACUGAGAUAUUGGAUAAAGUGACAAUAAACAGAUAUGUGUUUUUAUCUCCUGCUCUGUAAACUGAACUUUAAUCACACACAGGAGGCUCCUAACAAAGCAGGAGAUAAAAAAUAAAAAAAUAAACAGACUGUGCAAUACAGGAACCUAAAAUGUGCAAGCCACGUGCAGGUAGAAGUGCAGAAGAAUUGAGCUUUACACCUAAACUGCUUCAUUAAGCUAAAGUUGGUUUGGUGCCUAUAGUGUCGCUUUAAUUUAAACCCAUUUGUUUAUCAAAAAGGUGGGCAAUUUCUAUAGCUAAGCACACACAUUUGGCUGGAUUAUCAAACAAAUUGAAAUGCUUCCACAAUUUGUGUGGGACUUACAUGCGUUACCUAUUGGUUCCCCUAUUUUAAUAUAGGGACUAAAAUCCUGAUGUAAAUGUUAUUUAUACCACAAAUACUGACUAUUUGAGCAUAGAGUAAAAUGUGAAUAUGAAAAUGUGAUUUCAUUUACUGUUAUACAUUAUUAUGUUAUAUAUUUUCAUAUUCAACAUUUUCUAGUCUCAUACUAUUUUUUGUUUCAAUUACAAAGUUACAUUGUUUAUAUCCCAUUUUUCUUUGAUUUUCUUAAUUUGUUCCAUUGCAUAUCGCUCUUUUUUUUUUUUUUAAAGCACAACAUACUGUCCCAUUGUUUUGUAUAGUUUAUGCUCAGGGUAAAGGAUUUUCUGGCAGUAUUGUCCGUUUUUCACCUUACCCAUCCACAUCCUCUUCGCUCUUGACCCACACCUAAUUUUCACAGCUAAUAGGAAAUGUCUAAACUGCUUGUGUAGCGUAAUAUUUACUUCCUUUUUUUAAGGUCCAAAACCAUUCAGAAACUCACCAAUGCUACCCGGGCUUUCAUUUUUACCAACAUUUUGCUUAUUGGAUUUGGAAUUACCUGUCUAAUUCAUAAUCUACAAAUGCAGGUAUUAUUAAUUUGCAAUAUUAUUCUAGAUGUUACGUUCAUGGAUCAUGCUUGUACCUAAAUAAUGCCUUGAUGCCUUCGUUUACAAUAAGGAGUCAUCAACUACAACACCAAGAUGCUAAUUAUUUAUAUUUGCACGAUUAUCGAGGCUAUUUAUGGAACUCUAAGAUACACAAUGGUGAAUAAUAGCACUUUGGGGUUAUAGAAUAAUCUUUGGUGGCAUAAAUUCUGAUCUGCCUCAGAUUAGUGGGAGUUGCACUCUUAGGGUUUUGUCUAAUCUUGCUACUUUAUACCUGCCAACUAUUAAUCACUAACGUGCCUGUCACUACAGUUAGUGAGUAGCUGUUGUUUAACGACUGCAAACUUUAACCACUUUUUGCCAGGCAAGGGAGUUAUUGCUGAUGCAAAUUAAAACUGUCUCUAAAUCAUGGCUAGCAACUUCUAUUAUUAUCUAUGGGAGUUUGUAACUGCUGCUUAGAAAAUUGGGCAGAUUAGAUGGUCCGAAUGGUUCUUAUCUGCCAUUUUAUGUUAGCAACUAGAUUCUGGUUUGGUUUCCAACCCUAUCGCUUCUAUUUAACAGCUGCUGCUAACGUGCCUGUUGCAUGGAAGUUAAAAAAUGCUAAUUUCCCAUACAAAUAGAAAUACAUGUUAAAGGAGUACUUAAAGGACCACUAUAGUGCCAGGAAAACAUACUCGUUUUCCUGGCACUAUAGUGCCCUGAGGGUGCCCCCACCCCCAGGGACCCCCUCCCGCCCGGCUCUGGAAAGGGGAAAGGGUUAAAAACUUAUCUUUUUCCAGCGCUGGGCAGAGAGCUCUCCUCCUUCUCUCCUCCUCCGUUCCUCCUCCUGGGCUGAAUGUGCACGCGCGACAAGAGCUGCGCGCGCAUUCAGCCCGUCGCAUAGGAAAGCAUUUACAAUGCUUUCCUAUGGACGCUUGCGUGCUCUCACCGUGAAAAUCACAGUGAGAAGCACGCAAGCGCCUCUAGUGGCUGUCAAUGAGACAGCCACUAGAGGAUUAGGGGGAAGGCUUAACCCAUUCAUAAACAUAGCAGUUUCUCUGAAACUGCUAUGUUUAUUAAAAAAUGGGUUAACCCUAGAAGGACCUGGCACCCAGACCACUUCAUUAAGCUGAAGUGGUCUGGGUGCCUAGAGUGGUCCUUUAAAUCAACCAAUCCACUUUAUCUCAAUAAAGUGGUCCGGGUGCAGUGGUCCUUUAGUUUGAACCCUAGAAUGUAAAACACUGCAGGUUUGUUACAUACACCUCUGGUGGCUGUCUCAAGACAAACUCGAGAGAUCCUUUUACUGCAAGAACCAAGUAAAACGUAGUCACGUGAGGUUGAAGCAUUGGAUGUGCAUGUCAUUCACCACGUAUGUACAUCAGGUCCCCUCUAUGGGAAGCAUUGGAUUGGACUAGUGAUGUAGGAAGUGACUCCUCUCGAUGACAUCGCGGGAAGUGGAGUUGUCAGGAAAAAGGUAAGUCUUGGGUGUAAAAAGCUUAAAAAAAAUAUUUCAUAGCAAACUGGGUGCACGCUGAAAAUUACUAGGGACACUGGCACUACAGCGUUAUGAAUACAGGUUUGUGUUCCUAAAUCUAUACACGGUUAUUAACUAAAGUGAGAAUUCAGAGUGAAUUCAAAGUGAUUUUCAAAUUUAAGGCCAGAGCAACGAAACUGAAAAUAUGCCGACAUAGAAUUAUUCCAGUUCAGCUAUUUUCACCUUAAAUUUGACAUUCACUUUGAAUUCAGUAUGAAUUCUCACUUGAGUGAAUAAACUGAUAGUGUUCCUUUAACUUUAUGGCAUUACUAUGAAACCAUAAAACAUAUAUCAAAGCAUAUGAAGCCAUGCCAAACAGCAGUAAAAUUUAAUAAAAGGCCAAACACAUAAAUCAUUAAAUUAUUCUUUAUGUACGUAAAGAGCAUGUGCCAUUUAAAUUAACAAAUAAUAUCAAAGACAUGAACCUCACAAGUUAAUAGAUAUGUAUCUGGUAUAGCAUACAGCUCCAUACAUUAUAUAAACUUUCACUAUCUCCGAGUCCUGCUAAAGUCAAUCACGGGGUGAAGUAUGCAUGCUCAGGGUGAGCAAGAAAGUUGUGGAUGCCAUGAUCACAACUUGUACAGCGUGUGUUUCUGUUCAUUACCAUUAAGUGGAUAAUCUACAUAUCUUGACAAGCAGAUUUUAUUGCUGGUAACCUGAUAACAAAUAGUAAGAAGAUUGAAAAACAGUUAGUAAUUAAUGGCUUCUUCUGGAAAUAUAACAAAUGUGUGCACAGUGUGGAAGACAAUUGGUACGAAACUCUAUACACCUCAAAGUGGUGUCCCCUUUACCACUUAAAAAUCAACAAUAUACGUACAUAAAUCAGGUGGAGCUUCUUAAAAUAACAGUAUAACAGAUAUUCUGUAAAAUAAAAUAUAGACCAUAGUGCAAUACAGUAGUAUAAGUUAAAUUAAAAGUAUAUAUACGGUAGGUUUUCCACUCACAAACCUGGAGUCAUAAUCUCAUAUGACUCGGAUGGUGUGUGCCUUUGGACCAUUUCAGGAUGUCCAAAAUCCUUUUUCCUUGCAGGACUCUGUUGGUGGCCACUCCUAGCCAACUCACAGACAGAAAAUGUCGGGUCAGCAGUAGGUUUCCACAAAAAUAUAAUUUUAUUCAAAAUUAAAAUAAAAGAAUUAUUGAAUUAAAAAUAAGUAAAAGCUUAAGUAGGGCUAUAUAGUCCUUUAAAAUCCUUUAAAAUCGCCAAAACGCGUUUCGCCUGGUACAACAGGCUUCCUCAGUCGGCUUAAUUGUCCCCUGCUUAGUCUUUUCAAUUUUAAAAAGUCCGCUUGUUUUCACUUCCGGGUUCCGGUUUCUGCCUCUAUGGAACGCAAUUAUGCGUUCCAGUGACGUCGCUUCCGGUUUCGUCACUUCCGGUUCUUUUUUUCCGUCAAUAUGGGACACAUUAGUUCCUCUUACAUCACUUCCGCAUUUCGGUCUCGAUCAGUUGGUACGCAUAAUGCGUUCCACUGACGUCAUCUCUCGGCAUCUCUGUUAUUUUCAAACAAACGGCAUAAUCUUCAAUAAAUUUACAUGUUUAUCAUCAAUUCUAUUUGUAUAUCAAUACUGGAAAUCUAUUUUGCAUAUGUAUACAUAUCUAUUAAUAAACUCUAUAUACAUUUAAAGUUUCUGCUUUAUAUACUGUAAAAGUGUCAUACAAAAAUAAUUAACCAUAUAAAUAAUGCAACCUUUUGAAGUACUUAUACAAUAUACAAGACAUUUUGCCUAAAAGUGUUCUUAUAAGAAGAGAAUAAUGUAGAUGUUUCAAAAUACUCUUACAUUGUGUAAGUGAUGUAAACUUUAAAGUGAUCUUGUACCUUAAAGUGCUCUUCAAAGUGCUCUUAUGGUGUUUUUUAAAAAUAGUGUUUAUGUACGUAUAAUGGCUUCUUCUAGCUAAAGGCUGUAAAUAGGGAUAGUUUAUAGCAGCUAUUUGCUGACAAAGGCUUUGUUCUAAUGUUUUUGGGUAAGCUUUUCAAAUUAUUUAAUAUUUUGAAAAAUAUCUUAAUAUUCAGAUUUUUUUUAUACAUUGCUAUAUAUUUUAGAUAUAUAUAUUUUUAAAAUCUGAAUAUUUUCAAAAGAUCAUUUGAAACCUAUAUCCGAUAACAUCAAUUUAAGGCUAAGUUUGGAAACGAGCUUCUAGGUGCUAAAUAAUGCUUGGAUGGUGUCAUCUACCACGGAAUGUGAGGUUUGAAAACAUGAUCUACAGAUUGAAAUGAAAUGAAAAAAAAAAAGGACACACUCUUCAGCCGUAAAGAACACUCCCCUUAUGUAUUUUAAAUGUUCCUUUAAUCUCCAACAUGUGCAUUGCCAUAAUCUCACCACAAACAGUUUAUUUUAUUUAUAUUGUGUCUUUUUCAGUUUCUUUCAUUUGUUCUUCAUACAAUGGUCAGAGGUUUUAUCCACUCAGCCUGUGGAGGAUUAUAUGCUGCUGUGUAAGUAUGCACUGUCAUAGACACUUGACAUAGCACUGUCAAGAUUUGCAUGCAUGUGAUGAUGUUUAAUAGUCCUUGUGAUCUCUGCAUAUCUACUACCGUGCUUGUAUGACACACAUAGUAAUUGUUAGCUCUAUAGCAAUUAUCUUAAGUGACAUUGACUAUGGCCAGCUGCAUGUUUGGAGGAGAGAAUGCAAAUGCAUUAUAUUUGCUUUUGCAGUAUACUUGCAUAGAUACAUUAUGAUAACUACAAUAGAUAAAGUGUGGUAUUUGCUCAAAUAAAUAAAAUGUGGUAAAAAUAUACAGUCUCUAUGUAGAGGAUCAAGGCGAAAGGAUGAUCCUCACCUUAAUGGUAGAUUGACAGUCCGAGGUACAGUCUUUCAGGGAACAGGAGUGGAUGUCAAACGCAAAAGACAUAAAUGCAACACAGAAAAAUCUUAUAGUGUAGUAUCCAAGAGAAGCGGUAAAUGUAAUAAGAGGACAAAUGGCCAUUCACUUUUAUUUUUCCAUUCAUAUGUUUACCAUUACAAGAUAUAUUGGGAGGACAACUAUUGUAGAGAUUAUACAGAAACCUUUAUAUUGCAAUACAUCAGUUUUAUUCUGAAAUAUUGGUGUGCACAGGCAAAACAGUAGGGGGGAUUCACAGUUGCUGGUGAAGCCACCUCUAGGAAAUGAGUUUUUGCAUGUUGGGAUGUCUGAGUUUGCAUCUGAGGAGUGGCCACUAGAGAUGUUCCUAGGAAAAUGCAGUGUUUACAGCAAAAAACCUAAAGGGAUAGGCUAUAGACCCCAGAACAACCACAUUAAGCUGUAAUUGUUCUGAUGACUGUGGUGUCCCUUUAAGUUUUUUGAUCCUAUCAACUACUUACCGUAUAUACUCGAGUAUAAGUCAACCCGAAUAUAAGUCGAGACCCCUAAUUUUAUGAAUGCAGUGUGUGUGUGUAUGAAUGCAGUGUGUGUGUAUGAAUGCAGUGUGUGUAUGAAUUUUUAAUAUUUAUUUAUUUUUAUAUUAUUUAAAUUUUUAUGUUAUUUUUUUUUUCACCCCCCCUCCCUGCUUAAUACCUGGCCAGGGAGGGGGGCUCUCAUUCCCUGGUGGUCCAGUGUGUAGGAGGGGGGUUGGCAGGAAGCAUUUGCUUACUUUUCCUGCAGCUCCUAUCAGCUCCCUUCUCUCUCCUCCGGUCCGGUCAGCUACCCUGUCAGCUCCACUGCCGCGCGGAGCGUUGCCACGGUAACCUGUGGCAACGCUCUGACCCAGCGGCUCUCGCGAGACUUGCAGUGGGAGCUGACAGGGGAGCUGACCUGACCGGAGGAGAGAGAAGGGAGCUGACAGGAGCUGCAGGAAAGGUAAGUAAACGCUUCCUGCCAGCCCCAACAGGACCGCUGGGCUUGUAAUGAGCCCAGCGGUCCUGGUCUGUAUUAUGGCAAUGUAAGUUGCCAUAAUACAGACACUCACUCGAGUAUAAGAUGAGUGGGGGUUUUUCAGCACAAAAAAUGCUGUCUUAUACUCGAGUAUAUAUGGUAUCUGGGUUCUGGUAUGUGCUAAAAAUAUGCACAAAGUGAGCCAGAAUGGAGAGAUCUGUCUAACCCGAGCGUAUUGUUGACUUAUGUUUGAUGAAUCUUUCUCUCAUUUUCUGCGUUGUCUCACCCACAUUAAAGAGCAUGUUUCACCCACAGUAAAGAGCAUGUGCCAUUUAUGAACAAAUUACCAAAUCACGUUAGCAUUAAAAAUAUACACAAAAAGCUGCGUUACACGUAAUGUAAUCUUUCAUGCUGUAUUUUCUACCAUUGUUCAUAGAUUUACAGCUCAGGCAGACAUAGGGAACAUUUAAUUUUUUUGCUGUACCUAUUGUAUAUAGGAGGGUUUUUAACAGUAGACAUAUGUUUUCAUCUUUCAAACAUGCAGGUUUUUUUUUUAACGCAGCUAUAGGGAGAUUUAAAAGCUCAGGGCAAUUGGAUGAUAUUUUGACAGUACCUAUCUAAGUACUUUUGAGUUGCAAAUAAAAAAAAAAAAAAAAAAUGAAAAAUAAAGUAUUUGCCUGCCAAGACCAAUUUAAAAAUUACUCCAUCACUGCUUUCAAACCUGCUACAUGUUUUAUUGAAGUACACUACAUUAAAUGUUGCUAGUAUAAGGCUCUCAUCAAAUCUUACCUUAGUCAAUUUGUUCAAAAUAUGUCUUUUUUAUAUAUGAUGGUGAGAAUAAAAAAUAUGGUCUUAAGAAUUGGUCCAGAAAUUGUGUUAAUGGGGAAGUAGAAAACCUUUCCCGGUGACAAUAGCCUACCCAGGGAACAACUCGCUAUUUCUGAAUAUUUGAUAGUAUGUAAAGGAAUGAACUGAUAGAGUUUGCACUGUCAAAAACUUUAUCAGUUCUUUGUCAAUGAUUUCCUGUCCCCAUACCUUUACCAGUGUAGACUUACUCUAAUUUUUAACAUUUCUGUAGGGUUAUGAAACAGCUUUCUAUAAGUCUCAUCUCCCGACUUUCCCAAUACUUCUUUCACAUAGUCUACCUAGAUUGUUUUGGCAAAUAAUUACUAUGUUGCUGCCUUACAGUACUGCUCAUAAGAGUAUUAUGUACCUUUCAAUGUAACCUUAAGGAUUUUCUACUUCACCUUUGUCUAUACCAGUGGUCCUCAACCCAGUACUCAUGGACCACAAACAGCCCAGGUUUUGUCAGUAUCUCCAUUUGAAGAAAAAAGGGAAAUACAUAAAUCCUGGUCUAUAGAACCUUGAAAACCUUGCCAAACUAUUAUCCACAUGGUGGAUACAGGUGUAGACACCUAUAUUGACUAUCAUUUAACAGUUUUUUGAUUUUGACUCUUCAAUUCAUUGUCUUACAGGUUCCCAUCAGGUCAUUUUGGCACGUUAACAGGGCUGCAGUCCCUUCUUAGUGCAGUGUUUGCUUUACUGCAGGAGCCUCUUUACAGAAUAAUGCUUGGACAACUAGACGGGAAUCCAUUCUGGGUAUGAAAUCUAAUUCUGUUAAAUUAUUGCCUUAAAUAGACUUUGUUAAAAGGAAACUAGAAUGUAGCAAGAAAGAACCACACUCAAUCCACAAAAGAUAAGGGUAAUAAACCAGACCAUAGCCAGCACAAUCCCAGCAAAUGGAAAUAUAGAUAAUAGUAGCUUCAGGCACAUUUAGUAGAACAAAAGGAACACUGCAACAUUUAAAAGAACACUAUAGGGUCAGUAAUACAAACAUGUAUUCUUGACCCCAUAGUGUUAAAAACACAAUGAAAGUUGCUGGCCCCCACUUGCCUCCCUUAAACAGGUAAGAAACUUACCUUUAUUCCAACGCUGUGCCGGGCUGCUGGAGCUGACUCUGCCCCCCAUCCACCUCCUUCGGUAAAAAUCAACCAGGAUAGCAGCAGUAAAAAUCAAUAGAAGAAGGGGUAGAGAUACUUUUAUAACCCUUUCCAGCUUUAUGCAAGUCAACAAUUCUUAAUCGUAGGUCUUCUGAGAGCUCUUUUGUGCGAGGCAUCAUUCACAUCAGGCAAUUCUUCUUGUGAAAAGCAAACCCAGAACUGGUGUGUGUUCUUAAACAGGAAGGGGUGCGGUCUUGCCAGGAAGGGGUUGGCCAUAUUUAGAUUAGAGGUGCCCGAGCUUAGUCAUGCCUAGGGCAGCACAAAACCAAAAUACACCACUGGGGGUAGCGCCACGUGCCGGGCCGGUCAAAACUUUACCUCGAUGGCAUUUCCGUUUCAGCGAACCGACAGUUGAUUUUGUUGGAUUUUCUGUACCUGGGAGAUAAUUAAAUUAGAGGAUUUUUCUCACGCAAUUAUCUCUCAGGCACAGAGGAUCUUUGGAUUGAAACCCUUGUAUUAUUGUGUGGGGAAACCCCUUGUAUGGGACUGGAUAUAAAAGCUGUGUGUUUGACAAUAAACUUCAGUUGUGCUUCCAGAACUGUGUGUCUUCCAGUUGCUGGGGAGGAGUUGAGAUAUUUCUUUGGUGUUUUCUUGUUCCUGACUGUACUUUGGUAGAUCCAUCAGAGAAGAGUCCCUGCUAGGACUAGGGCUCUGCUACAACUUAUACAUACCUUUGCAAGAAAAAGUAUGUGAACCCUUUGGAAUUAUAUGGAUUUCUGCACAAAUUGGUCAUAAAAUGUGAUCUGAUCAUCAUCUAAGUCACAACAAUUGACAAUCACAGUCUGCUUAAAUUAAUAACACACAAAGAAUGAAAUGUUGCCAUGUUUUUAUUGAACACACCAUGUAAACAUUCACAGUGCAGGUGGAAAAAGUAUGUGAACCCCUAGACUAAUAACAUCUCCAACAUGACCAAUUUGUGCAGAAAUCCAUAUCAUUCCAAAGGAUUCACAUACUUUUUCUUGCAGCUGUAUAUAAAUGCAUAUUUUUUUCACUGUUAUGGCAAUAAUAAUGCAUACAUACUUGGUGCAGCUUAAGGGGACACUAUAGACACCCAGACCACUUUAGCUCAUUGAAGUGGUCUGGGUGCAGUGCCUCUGUCAGUUUAACCCUGCAAGUGUAAUUAUUGCAGUUAUUGAUAAACUGCUAUAAUUACAUUGCAGGGUUAACUCCACCUCUAGUGACUGUCUACAAGACAGCCACUAAAGACGCUUAAAAGUCGUUAGGCGACUUUUGGUUGCCUAACUGACGCUGGAUAUCCUCACGCUCUGCAUGAGGGCAUCUAGCAUCAGCUAAAACCCCAAUGAUUCAAUGCUUUCCUAUGGGGUAGUCCUAAUGCGCUUGCGGUACUCACCAUGCAUGUGCAUUAGGUCCGCCAACGUCAACCGAUGUCAGGGAAGGAAAAGCGAAAGUGGAGCCUGACCUAGAGCCAGAUUCAGGUAUGUGACAAAAUAAUUAUUAACCCUUUCUGCUCUGCGUGUGUGAAGAGGGGUUGAGGGGGGUACGAGCGAGUGGGCCUUCAGUUUCCCUUUCAGAAAAGUCAUUCAAAAUAUAUUAAUGUAUCUGUCUUGAUUUGCAGAGUACAUAAUGUGUCUAUAAAUUCAGUUGAUUUUUAGUCAUUAUAGGUUACAAGGAGUAAAAUAAAAUAUCAAUGCAGAGCAAUUUUAAAAUUUGGUAUACCUGUCUUGUAAGCUUAGUCAUAAAAGCACAGUUCAAGUAAAUCACUGCUCACUGCAAAGAGCCAACUCAGGUUAUAGCAGUAUACGCCAUGCUGUAGGAUUACAGGGAUUAAUCAUAGUAGAUGUGUCUUAUUUUUUAACUUUCCAUAUAUGGUUUAUAUACAUAUCGUAUAUCACUGAAAUUUUUUACUACAUUUUUCAAUGGUUAUAAAGAAUCAGCAAUUUGUUCAGGCUUGUAAGUACUCCUUUUUACAUAAACCAUCAAUCAGACAAUAUGUUAGCCAAACUUGGCAUUUUUCUUACAGGUCAAAUUUCAUGCAAUAACUAAAAUAUAUCUGUAAAACUAGUUCUGGCUAUGUGAAAGCUGGUUUAAAAAGUAGUUAUUUUGCAUUGUAUAUUUUACCUUAAAAUACAUUUUAAAAGUGACUAGGAAUGGGAAAGGUUAAACUUGGCAGACUUUUAUUCAACAUAAAUUACUAUGUCUCUAAAAAGUUAAGAUAUAAUUUUGUUGUUUUGGCUUUGAAGUGAAUAAUUUGAUGCGAUUUUCUGGACAAAGUACAGCUCUCAUAGCAAUUACCAUUUUUGAAAACUUCAAGAUAGGCAGUUUUUGAUGGAAAAUGCAUUGACAGAUGUAAUGAUGGUUGAGCAAUUUUUUUUGUGUGUAUUAUAAGUUUUUUUUUCACAUUGUAUAUUGUUUAUAUUAACAGUAUAGCUCUUGUCAACUAAGUAUUGGGUAUUUUAUUUAUCUUGCAGGUGAAUUUGACUUUGCUAAUUUUUUCUUUCACUGGAUUUAUUCUUCCUGGAUACCUACUUUUUUACCGGCGCCGCCUAAUCCACCUUCAAGAUGGAGAGAAACAAAAUAAGGACCCUGCUGCUAUUCAACUCAAUGAAAAAAACCACCCCAAUGGCAUCACCGAAUGUGACACUACAGCUUAA